CGACAGGAUCCCAGGUGAACUGUUACUAAACUCUUUGCCCCCAUUACCGAUGAACCUGUACAAUGUAAUCCUGACAUCAUAAGAACAGGUAAAAAAAAUUGGACAAGGUAAAACGUAAGAGUGUGUGUGGUAUGUGCGACCAGUAGAAUAAGCUUUUGGAUGGUGGUGGCAGUGGGUAUGGCAUAUGCUGAAACUGAGUAAAGGCCAAUACAGAGGGGGUAACGGUGACCUCACAUCGGUUGGAAAUCGAGUGAAUCAGGUGGGGAAACUAUGUACAGCAAUAUACAAGAGGGAGGGAAGGGAGGAAGUAGAGUCAAGCUGGAUUACGGAGAAGGGAGAAAGAGAGAAAAAUUAUAGCCACUUUUUUUCUAAAUGUUCUUUGUGAAUAAAAAUGUUUAUCUAUUUUAUUAAUUUUGUUGUGCGCCUCUUUACUUUUACCAGUUAGAUGUUUUUAGAUUUUUAGUUCAGAAGUUGCUACACAUUCAAGGUGGUGUAUUUCCAACUGAUUCACAAUAUGUAGCAUUUACAUUGUUUGCGUUAAUAUCCCUUUUUAUUCAAGCGCGUGGAUGGGAGGUCAGGAAAUCAAUAAUUCAUGGAAGAUGGGCACAGAAAUAGAUCUGGUCAUGAUCAAUACACUGCAGGGCAUUAUUAGAGAGUAUAUUCAGGGGAAACAUUGACUGGAAAAGCUGUAAACGAAAGUAAAUGCAAAAUAAGGCACUUACCGGUUCGGUUCUCAAGUGCCUCUCCAUAAGGGAACAUGAAAGAACGUGUGGCACUCAUUAAACUCACUGAGGGGUUUAUUAAAAAAUGCUCCUAAACUGAAUGUUCUGUUCAAGAGGGCUGAUACAAUUAUAUGUUAAUCUUCAUUCAAAGUAAAGUGUUUUACUGAUAGGCUGGUAACGCAGAAACCUGUAGAUUCAUUUAAAAAAAAAAAAAAAUAUAUAUAUAUAUAUAUAUAUAUAUAUAUAUAUGUGUGUAUGUGUUACUAUUUUUUGAUAAGUGAUUUAAAGACGUAUCCAAUACUCUCAGAAAUUGUGUGGAAUUAAAUUUAGGCCCCUAAUCUUCCUGGCUAUUUUUUUUAAUCGUUUAACUUGUAGAGCUUUGUCAAUGUGUCUGUGAACAGUUUUGUAUGUUUUGCUGUGUAGCUGUGAAUGGAUUUGUGCAGUUUCACUUUGUAGAUGUGAAUGGAUUUGUGUGAUUUACUGUGCAGAUGUUAAUGGAUUGAUGCAGUUUUACUGUUUGGCUGUGAAUGGAUUUGUGUGAUGUACUGUGUGGCUGUGAAUGGAUUUGUUCAGUUUUAUUGUGUGACUGUGAAUGGGUUUGUGUACUGUUACUGUAGCUCCCUGUGUCGUUCUAAGAGGAUGUGUUUGGGUCUCUCCUAUGUGAGCGUGAGUUGGUUUAUAUAAUUUACUAUGUUACUGAGAGCGAAUCUGCAAUAACAUUGUUUUUUAAGGAAAACUCCAAGUAACUUAUCCAUUACACCCUGUGUCCUUCAGGCCAGAGGCACUGUAAGGGGGGGAGGGGGUUAGCCCUGGGUGACAGGCAACAGUGUGGCAUAGAGCACACCCUUCAACAUGGCAGGAUCACUGUAAGGGGGAGGGGGGGUAGCCCUGGGUGACAGGUGGCGGGGUGGCAUAGAGAACUCCCUCCUGCAGGGCAGGAACACUCCAAGGGGGGAGGGAGGUAGCUCUCGGUGACAGCUGGUGGGGAGGAGGUGGGUGGGUGGCAUAGAGCAGCCCCUUAGGGCAUGGGUUUGACAAAAUAUAUUUGUGCCUCGAGUACUAUGUAACCUCCUGCAGGAGAAACCAAAUGUCUCCAUUCAUCCAGGACUACACUCACUGACUACGAGCACUUAACUGACACCCUCAGCCAGUGAGCAUGGUUCUGCAUGCCCAGCAGCUCUGUAGAUCAAUCAGGCUUUUCAGGUCCCCAGCAGGACCCAGGUAAGUUGACAAACUUUACUAAAACAUGGGAGGACUCCAGGACAUACCUGGUACCAUAAACACUACAGAAGGCUGCAGUACUUAUGGUGCAUGGAAUAGGUAUAUUUUUCUUCAGAUACUAUUUGUAGCUUCUCCUCAAAUGGCUACUCCAACCACCAUGACCACUUCUGUGAUUUGAAGUGGUCAUGGUGGUAGAAGGCAAGAUGUGCAGUGUUUAUGCUUGUAAUACUGCACAUGCAGAAUUACUUGAAAUGUGCGCUGGGGACUAGUUGCACCUCCAGCACACACAACUUAGGGAGCCCAGAACUCUGCUCCGGCCUUCCUCAUGUCAAUUCUGUGCAUAUUUCACAUCUGUCAUAAAUGUGCUGGCAACAGAUGUUAAAUCUUCACAGUGACUGCAAGGAGAAGAUUUCUUUCCCCUCCCUCCCACUGUACAUUCCUUCUCACCUCCCUUUGCUCCUUAUAUAGGGUACUAGUUUAAAUUCUAAUAAAAAUAGCCCUCCCGGUCUCCCUCCCAAUCGCCUUCCUCUAUGAGUCACUGAAACGAUUCAAUCGCAGGCUUCUCUGUGACUGGACCGUGGUAGGGCCGGAAUUAUUAUUAUAUUUAUAUAAUGACAUAAAAUUCCUUAGCGCUUUACAGUGGGUGGACGAACAAACAUGUAGUUGUAACCAGACAAGUUGCACACACAGGAACAGAGGGGUUGAGGACCCUGGUCAAUGAGCUUACAUGCUAGAGGGAAUGGGGUAUAGUGACACAAAAGGUAAAGAAGUAUUAGGGAAGUAGAUUGGUAGAAUAGUAUUCAGUUUAAUUGAUAUGCUUUUGUGAAAAAGUUAGUUAUUUUAAUGAUUUUUUGGAGACUGGGUGAGCAUCUAACGGAGGAGGGAAGCGAGUUCCACAGGAACGGUGCAGCCCUAGAGAAGUCUUGAAGGCGAGCAUCAGAGGUGGGAGUACGGACAGAGGAUAGACGCAGGUCUUCAGCAAAGCGUAGGGGCCUAAAUGGGACAUAUUUGUGAAUUAGGCAGGAUAGAUAGGUGGGAGUAGCAUUAUAUAGGGAUUUGAAAGCAAGAACCAGAAUUUUAUAUUGAGCCCUAUAUCUUACGGGAAGCCAGUGCAGGGAAUGACGUCAGGACGGGGCAUGGAAAAUCAGCAGCAGAAGCAUUACCUGGCCGGAGCUGGAUGUCAGAAUAAAACGUCUUUUCACAGGUUUUAACUGUGUGGGAGGAGGCUGGGGGCUAAUAGUAAUACCUCAUUGGGCACUGUAAACUAAAGGGGAGUUUUAUUCAUUUUUAUUAAAGGGUUGGAGUAACUCUGUGAUAGAACAGAAUACACGGUCUUGCAUUGUGUGUACACACGGCCACAAGUAGCUUAAUAAUGAGAAAACAUGCUUGAGGCUACUCGUACAGAUAAUAGCGGCCAAGCUGUCACAUCUUUAAAUAUAUAGGUAUGAUUCUCACACCCUGCAGCCAUCGAUUAUUCCUUGGUGUAUACCGGUACCACCUGAUCCUCACAUGCUAACAAACCAACUUGUUACUCGUUUCAAUGGACUUCAAAAAAUUUUUUUACUUCUCUCGUUCCUUUGGGUUAAUGUAAUGAUAAUGGGAUUUGACUUGCUCUCUGUGGCUCUAAUUAUUUUAUUUGCUUAUGAAAACCUCAUAGAAACUGCAUUGGAAUUUCAAUGAAAAUGCCAACACAAUGAAAGGCUGCCGUAAAACAAAGUAGGGACUAUCUUGUCUUAUGUAUAAUAGUUGCAAAAUAUGAUGUGUUUUCACUGUUUGCGGUUUCCGAUCAGGUGCUACACAGAAGAGUUUAAUAUUGAGGCAGCUCCUGGUAGAUAAAGGCAUGAAGAGCUAAUCGCCAGGAUGAAGAAGAUACUAGCUUAUAUCUAAUCUCCCUCCCCCUCUUUUCCCCCAGCCACAGUGGAAGCAGUUCUGACACUUUGAGGGUGUAAGGGUGUUAAGCAAAAAGAAAAUGCAAAGACACCUAAACUGAAUUUGAGAUGAAGAAUUUUUUAUGUAACUUUAUAUGCUUGAUCCAUGGUCAGUGCUUUUACAAAGUGUAGGAUCAAUUGUGGUUUUAAACAAGGACCAUUCGUAAGAUCGUAACAGAGGUAAAAGGGGGUGAUAUGCAAGCAAGUAUACCGUAGUUUGUCACCCAGUUUUGUCACUUUAUAGAUAUUUGUUAUGGAAACAAGGACAACGGCUAGAAAUAGGGACGUAACUAGUUGUGACCUAAAGAACGUCUGGCAGUCUUAAAGAGAAGACUUUAGUGAUAUUUAUUUUCUAUGUCCUCAGAAGGGCCCAAAUGUUGUUGUCAAAACUUGGAGACGUGAAUAACUAGUCUUUUUUUUUUCUUAAUUUUCAGUAAAUAAAUUAUUUCAAAAGUUGGACAAAACUGAUAUAACUAAUAUGGCUAAAGCAGAAUGGGAACUUCGGCUUUAGCAUUAUUGAGAAGACCUAAAAUACCAGAACCAGGGGACCUGCAUAAGUGCUUUCGAUAUCAGUUAGACUCCUUACUGUGGGAUGGUGCCAGGGGACUUCUGGGACCAUAACAAUUUAUAGCAGUGUUCAGUGGUUAUGGUUUUAAGACUGGAGAAUAGAAUCUGGACUAUUGGUAGCUAACAUCUUUGGAAACCGGCAGCAUAGACAAUGCAUAUAUUUUAUCUUGCGUCAAACAGUUACUUUUAGAUGUAUGCAGCUAUAAUAUUCUGAAAAGGCUUGUUCUAGUCAAUCCGCUCUCAGGAAAGCUUUGCAGAUCAACUGUUUAUGUGUUUAUCAGUGUUGUUGUAAGUACAUUAGCUAUUUCAUGAGAGAAGUACUGCAUCCCCAGUGACUGUGAAACAGAAGGUAAACUCAGUUAAUCACAUUUUCUUUAAAUCUCUCUAAGCAGAUGUUUUCACACCUUAGACUGGGAAGGUUCUUAGUGAGAAUAUUGGGUGCUAAGAUUGGUAGGUGUUGUGGCAGACACAUUUCCUGAAACCAUGCUAAUUGGAUUUUUGCUUUCAUUUCGGGAGUAAAAGGGACUCAUUAAAUAGUAACUUGGUACCCAACAAACUGCGUACAUGGGUGAAUGUUAUUUUAUUUUUUUGUAUAUUCCAAAAGCAAAUUUAAAUGUAGCCCAUAAAUCUCUAUUGACGUUUGUUCCAGAUCAGGCUUUCACCCAGCAGAGAAAAAAAAGUCUUAUUUUGGUCUAUCUGCAUCUUUGCGGAGGAACUGUAAAUGGUACCUUCUCUCGUGACUCUAACACAACCAGUACAUCCUGCAAUUCCCUUUUUAAAGUAUAGCUAUUGCGUGAAAGUGUAAUUGUGCAUGGAUAUUCCCACAGCAUUUGAAGGAAGCUACACUCCCUGAAUUGCUACGAGGUUUCUUACAAAGACACACAAGCGGAGUAUUUAGCCAUUUUUAUUUAACUAUUUUGACAAUCCUACUGAAUUUGACAUUAUGGUAAUCACGAUGCUAUACUACUACCCCUUUCUGAAAUAUUGCAAGAAAGGGAUAACGUCAUCUCUAAAAUGUUUCAUUUUCCAAAUAAUUCUCUAAAUAUUGUAGAAAUUUUAACCAAAUCUAUCUUUCUUCUUUUUGUAAAUAUAGGAAGGAAAGCUGUUUCAGGUUUUCAUGGUUAUUGGAACCUGCUUCUUUCCUAAGAACUAUCCGUUCAUUCUAAGAAAGUUGAAGAUGAUACCAUAUUUUAAAACUUUGAUUCAGUGGUUAUUAAAGCCAUCUGCAGUAUCCCAAAAUCUGCAGUUCAAUUCUUGGCAAGACUCGUGACUUGGCCUUCAAUCCUUCUAGACCCCAGGAUGAACUUGAAAUGUGGUGACAAGCCUAACGUACCUUUUCUGGCUAAAAUUACUCAAUGAUAUUGAUAUUAUGUCCAGUGUAAAUUAUCAUAGCCUGUGCAACAGUUUCAGUUAUAUUUAUGGUGGAACCUACCAAGGAGACCGGUGGUGGGUCAAUUUUUGUCCUUCAUCCAUUCCUGCUUAAUGUAACUUUAUCAUCAUUUUUGGAGAGUUUAAGAAGUCCUACAAAGUAAUGAAUGGAGAUUUGUAUGAAAAGUCCAGUCUGUUAUGCAGUUAUUCAUUACUACAGCCCAGUCAGUGAGGGAGAAGUAGUUUAUCUCCUUCAUCACACUAGAUCAUCAAACAAGGUCAUGGAGCCUCCAGGCUAUUUUGGAUUCAUGGCUCUGUCAUGAUCCUUUUUAGAACUAAAAUCUACAGAGCAAAUGGUUCCACGUUACACUUGUUACAAAUGAUAGAGCCUUUCUAUUACGAAUAUUCUUUGGGGGGAUAUUACAUAAAUAAUAAUGUUGUCACUUGUUUUAUUGGGACAAAUUAGCCCAAUAUUGAUUUCAUGGUAUGCAAUGUUGUGCUGUAGGACUGCUCCAUGCCUGGUGAUGUAUAGUGUUUUGUUAUUGUGUUGUGGUGUUUUUUCUGUCCCUGUUUUGCUCCUUCUAUAAUUAAUUCUUGCUAAUGAACUGUCAAUAUCAGUAUUUGUGUUCUUUUCUCUUGCCCGUUUUAUGACCUGUCUUUUUCACGUCCUUUAUCCCAUGCUUCUUUUUCAUUCUUCUGCUCACUGUCUGUCUGUGUCAUUAAUUAUCUGCGCUAUUGUGAGUGUGUGUGUGUGUCUUCUCUCACAUUGUGUUUUCUGAUUUGUUCUUAUUAGACUUGUUAGUUUGCCUCUUUUGUUCAUUGUCUUUUUUGUUGUAUUUGUCUUUGUGUGUCUCUCAUGGAAUGUGUCCUCUUUCUCUCAUUGUCCUGUUAUUAUUCUAUAACACAUGUAUCCAUUACCUCUGUCAUUGUGUGGGUGUCUCAUUUUCUACUUCGCACAUUUUGCCCUCUCUCUCUCUGUCUCACUCUUCCUUAGUCUGUCUCUGUUUGCCUGUUCACUGACACUCUCUUUCUCCCCCCCUUUUAUAUAUAUAUUUUGUCUUUGCUAUUUCUUCCUAUUCAUUAUAAAAUACAUAGACUAACAUUGGCUUUUCAUUCUCUGUCUGUAAAUGUUGAAAAUCCAUAAUUAUUCUGCAUCGGUACAAACUGAUGAGCAAUUGAAAAUGGGAAAACUAACCAGAGAUGAAUGAAGCAAUAAAGCUUGCUAUUGUAAUGUAUUAAUGCCGAACUGCUAUGAUGUGGAAAUAUAAUACAGUUAAUAACAGAUGCAGUGCUUGAUGAUUGUAUUCUUUAUUUAUUUAAAUGACUUCCCUCUAAUUGGUGUAUUCAUUGCAAUCAUAGACCAUGUCUGUAUAUUAAUCUAAUUCUAGCUGAAGGUUUCUCCCCUCUUGAGAGGAACGUCUAGAGUUUUCUUUUGAAUUGUACAUUAUGAUUAUAUUUGCUUUAUUUAUUUAUUUAUUUAAAUUUAAUUUUCCACAUUUUAGUAAACGAAUUGUCAGAACCCCUUAAUCCAAGGAGUGUUUUUAACAAGGCAGAUGCUUUUAACUCCUAAAGAGUGUUACUUAACAUGGGUACCAGAACCAUGAAGAUACCAUGUCUCAUUCACAACCUCCUGUACGAAGAGGGGCCCAAACUAUUAACUUGGCUUUGUUCAUCCUCACCUUGUCGUAUCUCUGGGGAAACUACCUUCCGGGCAUUGGUGGAGAGGCAGGUCAGCAGCACUGUGCCAUGGUGUCUGACUCCUGCAACAUACUGAAGAACGCUGGCCGCUGCGGUCUCAUGCCAAUUUGUAGCCCCACGUCCACCCGUGGUAUUGACAACAUAAAUGUGCAUAUGACGUCACGCAAAGGACGUGCCCGCACGUUGGCCGGGUACGGCCAAUCGGAUUUAAAGGAAAACAUAUUUAAACUCUUUCUUGCUUUUUCUCAUUGCUGUGUCGUGGUUUCCCUAGUGGUUGUCCGAGAAUGUGUUCCUGAGCGUUUAUGUCUGGCUAUUGACUUUGGCUUCGUUUGACUUCCCCGUAUUCUGGUAUCCAGUCUGCGUGCUAGAUCAACUUGUAUCCAUAUACUUUGGUCCUGUGGGUAUAUUAUGUAUUAGGGUUCUGCAUUAAUCCUUCACUGCUUGUCAUAUACAUUUAGAGUUAUCUACUCAGAUCAAUAUGGCGGGAAUGGUGACAUCUUUUUAAUGCCAUUGUUGUUCUGAUUUGUCUACGCUUUAGGCAGAGCCUGUCUUUUUCUGUGACUAGAUCCAGAAUUUAUUCUGCAAAGUUGUUAUUUGAAAUUUAAAAAAGGGGGAGGAGGGAAGAGAACUCCGUAAAAGUGAUCAGCAAUCUGUAUAGUAUGGUUGUAUAUGUCUAGAGAAUAGUCAUGAAUAUUUUAUGUAUGUCUGUAGAAUUUUUCCUGGAGUAGAGGAUGUAUUGUACUAAACUGGUCUUUUGCUGAUCCACCGUCUGGUAUUUACAAUGCAGUUCUCUCUCUGGGGUUUCCAGUGCAUCUGAUACAGUUAAUUAGUUGUAAUGUCCUGGAGUUUUAGUGUUCUGGGACUGCCAGCCAGUGAUCUGGAUCCAUUUAUCCUAUUAUGUUUUACACACAACAAUUCGUAUACAAGAACAGUAUGUGUGCAGUGAGAAGAGUUUUACACUAAUCCCUUUCCCACCCACCUCCUUAUGUUAAUGAUAUAUAAUUAUAUAUGUUCUCCCAGUCUAUAAGACCAGGGAUAUCUGCCAAUUGAUUCUUGGGCAAGAUUACGGAAUCCUGACAUCUGGCUGGUGUAAGGGACAGCUCCAUCUCCUGUCUUGAUUGUCCCUGGGAGUUUCAACUCUGUACCAGAAGGUCAAGAUUUUAUGCCAACUUGUACAUCAUCGUAAACGGCACUAAAUUCAUCCAGAUGAUGGAGCCUUUCGUUUUUAGUUUCCUGAAAGAGUUCUAGAGUGAUACUCCUGUAUAAAGUGUGCAACUGUGGUGGAUGUAUGAUUUAGUCUUUUGCUUUAAGUGUUUACUUACAUAGCCCACUUAUGUAUUAUCUGUUGUUUUAUUGAGUUUGGAACAUUUUAUUGACACAUCGAGAUGUGCAGAAGAUUGAUCGCAAGGCAAUUUAAUGUUAUUAAAGUGUAUCGUACCUUGAAAUUAUUUAGGCUCAUACGUUAGGUCUACUGCGUUUAUCAUCACUUCUGUAAGUACAUGGCUUAGUGUGAUUUUUAAUCCAUUAGGAUGAAUGUAUUCCUAUUGAGAAGCAUUCACAGUCACCUUGUCCUGUUCCUUGUAUGCGGCCGGCGGCCAUUGAUUGCUUUAAAGUGCCAUGAUCCAUAUAGAAAUGCCAACAUGUUGUCUACCUCCCAAGUGUCUUGGCUCUGGUGGGUCUCACGCCAAAACUUGAGGAAGUACGUUCGUGUAAACAGAACAAAUGCAGUGUACGGAGUCCUUCGUAAUUCGAUGUAUGCGUCAAUAUAAAAAUGAAUAUUUUUUUUAAUAAAAACAAUAAAUAAGAAUGUUUUUUAAUAGAUUAGCAACAGUAUGAGUGUCUGAUUUGGGACAUUGUAUCUAUAUUCUUACAUAUCUGGUGGCUCUUUACCAUUUCAUUUUUCACAUCUUUUGUUGACACACCGUAAGCAAUUCAUGUGUAUAUAAAUCUAGCAUGUAAGCUCACUGAGCAGGGCCCUCAAUCUCUCUGUUCCUGUACGUCCAUUUGUCUGGUUACACUUACAUCUCUGUUAGUCCACCCAUUGUACAGGGCUACAGAAUCUGAUGGAGCUAUAUAAAUAAUAAAAUAAUAAUAAUAAUAAUAAUAUACAGAUAUAUCUUAAUAGGGUGCCACUGAUGGCGUGCAAUAAUAUUUAUAAAGUCACGUCAAGCUAUUAAUCUGUCAGGGCUGAAAACAUACCUAUCUGAUUCCUUUGUGUGUUUAUUCUGUGCGCAGUUAUUUUUACAUUCUGUACAUGUCUGAGUAGGGGGUUACUGUUGUUUUUCCUAAUCGUAGCAAACGGGUAGUUAAUUGUUUUUCUUUUUCAACUACAAUGAAGCACGUGGGUGUAAAACAUCUAGUGCAGGUUUUUGACAUCUUAUAAACAUAUAUAGUGUGUGUUUCUUGCACGGAAUAAAUCUGAUGUUCUAAUUAUAUAUACAUCAUGUUUCAUACAUAAAUGUAUAAUGUAUUUAUCCCCCAAAAAUGGGAGUAUUUAUUUCUUUUGUCGUGUCUGAAUUGAAAUGGUUAUCUUUUUAUACCAAAUAUGAAUUAACGGGUACAUUCUCCUUCUCUUUAAUAUUCUAUUGACAUCAGUUGUCAAUUUGAUAGUGUUACAUUUGACUACUUUUCAUAGAAAGCUGCUGGGGCAACGUAGCUGACUAGAAUAUUGAAUUAGCAUCCAGUCACUGCUAUUGGUUUUUAUUUUCUAAGUUGUUGAAAAUUAUUUUUUGUACAUUUUUAUUUUUGUAAUUUUUUUUUUAUUAUUAUUUAUUUUAUUUUUUGUCUCUUGAAUGUCCUUUUUUCAGUGGGUAAUUAUGCAGUCUCUUUCUACCAUGGUAAAAUUGUAAAAAUGAUGGUAAGCACAUGUGAAGUCCAGUGACACAUUACCCUGGAAACAAACAGAACCAAUUUUAUUUCUUUGCUUUGAAGAUGCCCUUAGCAUACGAAUGUUGUCCGUCUUUCUAGGUCGAUGGAUAUAUCCUAUGUUUAUUCAUGUUGUUUUUACUUGCCACAGUGAAUGGAUGAGCCAAAAGUAUGUUUACGAUCUGUAAUCAUUUUAAUUUUGAAAAAAGUACAUUUUCACUAGAAAUAAAAAUUAAUUGUGGUUUCCUAAUCUUUAAAUCCCAAGUUCUAGAGAGUGCUUAAAACAACAAAGCAUUCAUUUUUUAUUAUAAAUCUCUUUGUGGAUAAUAAAAAUUUAAUAACUGUGUAAUAAUGAUAAUGUAGCUCUAAAACAAGUGUAAAGCAAAGACAGAACAAGAACUUCAACCAGGAAUUGAAAAUUAAGAAUAAAGGGAAGGGGAAAGGUAAUUAUAAAUGUAGAAUAUUCAUAGGUGCAAAGUCUAUAAGGGGUGUUUUAAUGAACUAUACCUCAAUAAAAAAAAAAUGUCAGAUUUAAAGUCAUUAUAACCAAACUCACCUUUUUUUCCAGUGCCGGUGCUGGUCCGCCCCAAAUCCGCCUCCAUGGCUGACUUCAUCAGAAUUGAUGAUCUCAGCCUAUCAAUCAGAAUGCUUUCCCAUUGGAUUAGAAAAAAAAUAAAAAAUUUACAAGUGAAACUGGUCCCUUUUUAAUCUAUUUAUUGGGUUGGAGGUAUCAGUAUCUUGUGUACAUUUAUAAAGUAUAACAUGAAAGAAGGUAAUAUUUUUGAAUUUUUGUGUGUGUUUUUUUAGCCAUUGCCUAAUGAUCAUUAUAUAAUUUGCAAAGAUGUUUAAUUAAAUCUUAUAGUACAACUGUUAUAAAUUUAACCCAUUUAAUUCCAGUAUAACCAAAUAUGGAUUAAAAUGUGAUAUGUGAUGUAUGUCCUUGUGUUCUGGCCAGUGUUAUAUUUAAGAUUUGUGCUGCCCCAGGCAUGUCGAAAUUCGGGGAACCCCCUCUAAUCUAAAUGUGCCCCACUCCUUCCUGUUUAGGGCCAAAACACACUUUGACUGACAGACAAACCGAUAUAACCACUCAGUGACAUGCACACCCUCUCAGAUAUACAUACAUACAUACACACAUUUUUACUGAUUUGAACAGUUUGAUUUGAAACACACAAUCACACAUGCACUCACUGACAGACACAUGCACAUACUAACAGACACUCACUCACAGACAUACACCUAUAGACACAAACGCACAUAUACACACACGCACUCACUGACAGACACGCAUUAUCACUGACAGACACGCACACUCACUGACAGAAAGACAUACACCGACAUACACAUACUCAGACAUACACUGAGAAACACUCAGACAUACACACACACUCAAUAACAUAGACAUAAACAUUUAAUGACACACACCCUGAUACUGACACACUCACAUACAUUGCCUCACAUGCUCAUUUGUUAAGAAUUAAAAUCCACCCAGCCUCCCUACCUUUGGGAGAGCUGGAGUGGAUUCUUUGCCUGGGGGUCCAGAGGGGCUGAUGUCCCUGGGAUCCAGGGUAGGUACUGGGCUGUAUGACUGGCUGUGCAGGCUCCUGUGCUCCGCAGUGGGCAGGCAGGCAUCUUGUCAAUGUUGGCAGCGAUGGAGCUGUGAUCUUCCUGCUCAGCCCCCUCAUGUGCCGCUUAGUGAUGCCGGGAGCAGGAAUUGUCAUAUUCCGGCUCCCGUCAUCACUGUGGGUUGCGCGAGAGGGCUAUGCAGUAAGAGCUCAGAGGACAGCUCUCCCUCGCCACUCGCCCGUAAUAUUGGCAGCUACCCGCCUCAAGGGGGCCCCCAAGCGGACCAGGAGGCCGCUCUUUGUCCCCCUCCCCCCAUGGCCAGGCAUCUUCCAGGGUGCAUGAGGGGCGGCGUUUUUUGUCGCCCCCCUUAAAGUGCUGCUCAAGGCAAAUGCCUUGUCAGCCUUGCAGAAGAUACAGCCCUAGUUCUGGCUCCAACCAUGCAAACUGUGCAGUGAAACAGCACACCCAAUCCCUGAUCUAAUUACUGAAUAAUGCUUGCAAAGAAAACCAAUUCAUACUUUCCAACAUUUCAGAUAAACCACGAGAGACAUUUUAAUUUUAGGGGUGUGAGUGGGUAUGAAAAAUAUUAGGUGACUUACAAAUAUUUUUUUUGUAACUAAAAUAUAAUUUAGAACAGAACAAUGUAUUUUAUUUACACAGACUGGUUUAGGAGGGACUGUUCGUCCUAACUAUGGACACUUGGGAGGUAUACAGUUUGCGAAAUGCAACAUUCUCUUUACUGUCAAGAUGCCUUCUAAUGCUUAGUGAUUCAGACAUUCUAUAGUUAAUGCAAUCAGUGAGCAGUUCAUCACAGCUGCACAGUGCCCUGCCUCUCAGAGGAACAUCUGCUCAACCCAAAAUGAUUUAACUAAGAAAAUAUUUGGCUAGAAGAGAAAGGAGAGUCAGUGCUUUAAUUACUCAAUUUGUGACAUUUCACCAAAAAAAAAAAAAACCUUCUAAAAGUUAUAUUUUGCAAGUGUAUUAAACUGGCAUCUGUUGAAAUCUCAAAGCAUUUCCAUUGCGUCAUAAUUAAGUUUUAAACCAGAUUGUAAAUACAUUUAUUAAUGUCAGUUUAAUGUAAUAUUCAAGCAGACCAUAUGUGCAAAUGUGUUUGUGACUGUCUCUGUGAGUGUCUGUGUCUGUUAGUGACUAUUUCUAUGAGUGUUUUUGGUGUUUGACUGUCUAAGUGUUUCUGUUACUGUCUGUGUCUUUUAGUGUCUUACUGUUUCUAUGAGUGUGUCUGUUUGCGUCUUUUAGUGUGUGACUGUUUCUGUUGGUGUCUGGCUGUUUCUGUGAGUGUGCCUGCUUUGUCAGGGUGUGUAUGUGAGGGUGUGCCUAAGAGCAUCAGUGUUCAAAUGUUUGUAACAUUGAUUUUGUAAGUGUGUUUAAUUUGUUUUCGGCGUUUUUCACACACAAACAAAUAUGAACGCUAACUUUGGCCAGUAUUUGUGACUAAGUGGCUACUAAAAAAGACUGGACAUACCCCAUUUGUAAUACCUUGGGUUGUCUACUUUUGCAAAUGGUGCAAAAUGCUAUCAUGGGGGUAAUGUUCAUUCCUGGGCUACCAUACGGUCUCAAAGGCAACAUGACCAGGGUGGGGCAAAUUUCAAUGUGAAAAAAAUGAAAAAUUUAAAUAUAUGGGGGGCGAGGCAAGGGGUACUUUGUAUUCGGGGGACAUUGCUGAAUGCAAAUGUGUAUUCUAUUGCAGUAACAGCUAACAGUAUUGUGACAAUCACAGUUAAAAUGCCACAAAGAAUUAAAAAAAUUAAAAAAAACUUUCUUACUUUCUCAAAUAUUUUAUAUAUUUUUUUCCUAUUAAAUUAUGUUUAAUAUAUAAAUAUUUGAUGUGAAAUGAAAGCCCUGUUUCUCCUGAACAAAAUUAUAUGUAAUAAGUGUGGGUGCAUUUGAUGUGAAACAGGUAUUAUGGUUUAACAUGUAGCGCAAAUUCCAGGUUUUGUUUACGUUUUGUUUUGUUUUGAUCUAAACUUGUAUAACUGCAUCCGUCCUUAAGGGGUUAAUAAAAUACAUUUUAAUAAAUUAAUUUAUUCGUAAAAGUGCUGAUUACUAUUAAAAUUUUCAUUUUUCUGAAUUGGGACAAGCAGUUAAAUCCUAAAGCACUGUUUACCCAGGUUAGAGAAGCAGGAAUAUUCUUUGCCAAUCAUUUUUCUGAAUACAUUUUUCUAUUAGAAGUCUACAGUAUAUCUCCAUAUUACUCAUUAAUGGGCACAUGUUCUGUACUCCAGCAGGUAACGGAUCUGUCACCUAGAAGAUGGGCAUAAAACCUUUGAUUCGACCCUGCAGCCAUAAAUCAAUUUGUGUUACGUAGAAUAGAAUGGACAAAUUAUGUGAGCAGAGAGCAGGUUUAAAUUCUAGCCUAAAGCACCAGCUUGCUACAUUAUCUCCAACUGUGUCCAACUCUCAUUACCUCUCUAGACAGAAAGUUAUUUUGAGCUUGUUCGUCCAUUACGCUCUUAUCAACAGACUGCGGAUUUGCAAACUUUCUGUCUCCUUUAUCCAUUUUAUCCGAUGUAACCUUGUAAUUAACUCCCUGCUCUCCUGCAUGUGCUAUUAGUGUAAUAAAUAAAUCAUAGAUACACAGUUUAAAACAUUAAUGCUGAUGGUUUUAGAUCCUGAUUGCCUCUUGUCUACAGAAACCUAAUAAGAGGUCUACAACUGCCAAAACCCCAGUUUCAUUUCACUUUUUUUCAUUGUUUCCCCCUCUCUCUCCUCCAUUUUGGCUUUUACUUUAAAUAUUCCGAUUUAUCAAUUUGUUUUGCCCACAUGCGUUAUUCCAAUUUCCAUUUUUUUGCCUUCCUUCCCUCUCACUCUUGUCAAUAGAUUUGCACCCACAGCAGUAUCCCCACACUGUGCUGUGUAAUUAACGCCAAAUAUGGUGAAAAAAAUGGCAGCAGCACUGUCACCAAUUAUUUUUACUGGGGGUGUUUCUCUCUCAAUAUUCAAAUGGGCUCGGGGCUAACAAUGAAAAGGUGGCAAAAUCCGACCAGGGACUUCUUACGACCCCACUCAGGAUUCUAAUCCAGGUCAGCCCACUCUAACAACCCCUUAGUUGCACACAAUCACCCUCUUUGUAAUUGCUCCCCCAUUCUAUACAAACCCAUUAGACCCCAAUCUCUCUCUGUUUCGGUCUAAUUUCUAUCUCUUGGUUGCCAUCCAAAUAUCAGCUGCCCUCCAAUUCCCUCUGAUAUCUGUCACAUUAUCCUUCUCAAUAGUCCUCUCCCUUUAAAUCACCUUUCUGUCUCUAUCAGUGUCCCUUCUGUAACGGAACUCAACACAUAUAUAUUUACCCUCUUCCAUUCCAUUUCAUUCUUACUGACAUAGUGUUCCCUUUCCACAUUAACCCCCCACUAUCUUAUGCUUGCUGACAAUAAAGUUAUCUUGCCAAAUCAUGGAUUGUCCUACCUGCCCACUGGUGUCCACAAUGGCUGAAGCAGGUCCCUGGGUUUAUCUGUCAUGGUUUAAGUUACAAGAUACUUCAUUGGCUUCCUCUAGAAUACCCAGUGAUUUGUGAAACCAGUGUGUCACCUUACAUGCCCAAGUGUCCUUGGUGGCAUGUGUGCCAUAGGUUUGCCAUCAUUGCAUUACAAUGCACUGAUAAAUAAAUAUAACAACUUUAAUUCUAUUGUAUUUUUUUCUGAUAGGAUUUUAUUUUUUUAUUUGCACGAAUAGCAAUUGGUUCUUCUUCACCUAACAGCGUAAAGAUGGGUGACCUGCUGAUCACAAUGUUUUAGCUAACUGUGCAUAAGAAACCACCGAUUCAUUUGCAUAUGUUGUAAUGAAAGCUGAAGACACCACAAAUGUUGAGAUAUUUGGUUAAAACGUUCAGAUUUAUUUUUAAGAGAAACUGAUGUGCACCUAACUAGUUUAAAGCCAACAUUUAUAAUGAUAUUCAUUUAAAAACUUUUUGAUUGAAAGAUCUUCCACUUUUUAUCUUUUUUUUUUUUUUCUUUGUAACAUUGCCAAAAAUAAUUGGUGCAUACUUGACUGAACUGUGCAGAUUUGCAGAGAGCAUGGUGGCGCCUGUCUAAAUAUCAUAUAACCAUUCUUUUUCCAGGUGAUGUCAACAUUCCAAACGGAAAAAGGAAAGUUGCAUGGAUUUGAUGAAAAAUCUUACCUCUCCUCCAAAUAUAUUAAGCAAGGAGAGGAUCCGUACCAUCAACAUGCCUUCAAUCAGCUGGAGAGUGACAAGCUGAGCAGUGACAGACCUAUUCGAGACACAAGACAUUACCGGUAUGCAAAAAGCCACCUUCCAUAUAUGUACCAUUCAGAGGGUAAAUAGACAAUGAAUGAUUUAUAACCGUACACACUGCAAUGCAGACACAUAGACACAUUCAGACACAUAGAGGAACUGUUAGGCUGCUCAUGUAUAUUUUACAUGACCGAUUAAGGUCCAACAUUUUAAAGUUCCACGUGUCUAUAGACUUUGGAUAUUUGGCGAUCCUCCAAAGUUGUCGAGUUAUUGUAUCAAAGUCCAACUUCAAUACUGUAUUUGCUUUCAAAUACUGGUAACCUCUCUUAAAUGAGCACCAUGGGUACCAUAUCAACUUCAUCUCGUUCCCUAGAGGUCCUGGGCAAAGUCUCAUUUUAAGGGGUUAAAUUGUUUCUGAAAGUAUGGUAAGACCACACCAAGGAACCCCAGGCUUCAUAUCAACGUAACUGAGAGAAAGGUGUUAUGGUUUUCACAGUGUUCGUUUAAAGGGACACUAUAGUCACCAGAACAACUACAGCUUAAUGUGGUUGCUCUGGUGAGAAAGUUUAAGCAGUGCCUGCAGGUAUUUUUAUGUAAACACUGCCUUUUAAGAGAAAAAUUUACAUUACUACCUAGGGACACCUGCAGUGGCUGUCACUCAGAUGGCCACUACAGCUUCCUGGGUCAGUGCUGCACUGUUUAGCCUCUCCGCCCUCUGCAUGGAGGUGCUGAACUUUCCCGAUAGAGAUGCAGUGAGUCAAUGUAUCUCUAUGAGGAGAUGCUGAUUGACGCACUGCAGCUUUUUGCAGCACAUGCAUAUUAGCCUCCUAAUGUUUUCCUAUGGGAAAGCAUUGUAUUGAUUGAGAUCAUCAAUUAUGAGGCGGAGCCGGGCUGGGCCAUUGCUAGCAGGCCCAUGCGGCGCUGGAGAAAAGUUUUAUACCUGUAUAAGGGGUGCAAGGGGGGCCAAGGGCCUAACAUGUUUUUUUAACACGACAGUGUUAAUUUAAGUAAGAACAAAACACACGAAAAGUAGUGAAUGUAAGAACUUCAGCAAAGGCAACAAUAUUUGCAACAUGUUCUCGAUAAGUGUACGUUUUUACUAGAUCAAGUCAAUCUACUCGCACAAAUGUGAAGGCGAUUUGAAAGAGGAGCUGACAUUUCCCUGUAUUUUUUAUAUUUCUUUUUGUUUAUUAUUCUGUUUUGUCCCUAUAUUUAACAAAUAUUUAUUCAUAAGGCAUGACAUAUACAUUUAAAAGUAGAAACCCACAUCUAUUUAUUUUGCAACUGGGUACCUCCAUCUUAGCUCCCCAUCAACCAUUGUAAUAAGCUCCGCCCUUUACACCUGGCAGUCAGUAUAGAGAGACGCCUCCAUCUUAGCUCCCGAUUAAUCAUUGUAAUAAGCUCCGCCCUUUACACCUGGCAGUCAAUAUAGAGAGACGCCUCCAUCUUAGCUCCCUGUCAAUCAUUGUAAUAAGCUCCGCCCUUUACACCUGGCAGUCAGUAUAGAGAGACGCCUCCAUCUUAGCUCCCUAUCAAUCAUUGUAAUAAGCUCCGCCCUUUACACCUGGCAGUCAGUAUAGAGAGACGCCUCCAUCUUAGCUCCCUAUCAAUCAUUGUAAUAAGCUCCGCCCUUUACACCUGGCAGUCAGUAUAGAGAGACGCCUCCAUCUUAGCUCCCUAUCAAUCAUUGUAAUAAGCUCCGCCCUUUACACCUGGCAGUCAGUAUAGAGAGACGCCUCCAUCUUAGCUCCCUAUCAAUCAUUGUAAUAAGCUCCGCCCUUUACACCUGGCAGUCAGUAUAGAGAGACGCCUCCAUCUUAGCUCCCUAUCAAUCAUUGUAAUAAGCUCCGCCCUUUACACCUGGCAGUCAGUAUAGAGAGACGCCUCCAUCUUAGCUCCCUAUCAAUCAUUGUAAUAAGCUCCGCCCUUUACACCUGGCAGUCAGUAUAGAGAGACGCCUCCAUCUUAUCUCCCUAUCAACCAUUGUAAUAAGCUCCGCCCUUUACACCUGGCAGUCAGUAUAGAGAGACGCCUCCAUCUUAGCUCCCUAUCAAUCAUUGUAAUAAGCUCCGCCCUUUACACCUGGCAGUCAGUAUAGAGAGACGCCUCCAUCUUAGCUCCCUAUCAACCAUUGUAAUAAGCUCCGCCCUUUACACCUGGCAGUCAGUAUAGAGAGACGCCUCCAUCUUAGCUCCCUAUCAACCAUUGUAAUAAGCUCCGCCCUUUACACCUGGCAGUCAGUAUAGAGAGAGCCACCUCCAUCUUAGCUCCCUGUCAAUCAUUGUAAUAAGCUCCUCCCUUUACACCUGGCAGUCAGUAUAGAGAGACGCCUCCAUCUUAGCUCCCUAUCAAUCAUUGUAAUGAGCUUCAUCCAUUGCACCUGGCAGUCAGCACACAGAAAGCAUACAGAGGAGGAGAUAUUAAAUCAUGUUUUAUUCGAAAUAUUUGCUCUGGCUGACCUUGUCUAUACUGGACUGCGAUGUCAUUGUUUUCAAUACUUUAUUUAAAGGUGUAAAUUCCCGAGAAAGAAAAGUUUCCAUUCAAACUAUGAACCUGAGAAUGAAAACAAUUAAUUAUUUGUGGAAACAUUGUGAUAUUUCCAGUGUUGCAUAAUCUAUCAUUUAUUAAAAACGUUUGUAUUAAAAGCGCUCUUUUGUGGCUCAGGUUUUGCACAUUUUUCCCCCCCAAUAACUAGGUGUACCUCUGUACAUUAUGAUUCAGACCUCCCUCCAACCAGCGUCAUCAUCACCUUUCACAACGAGGCUCGCUCAACCCUCCUACGGACUAUAAAGAGGUGGGUGAACUCUGUGUUCUAGUAAAGGGUGGACAGUCAGUGUUGGGAUUGUUGGAGUAUUCAUUGAAAUAGAAUUUAUACUUCGAAACAUUCACAGCAGGAGUUACAUCCCAGAUUCCCAUAUGUACAAUGUCUACAAAAUGGCAAAAAUCCUCCUCAUAUAAUAAAAUAGGUUAGUUCUUUUAACUCCUACACUGCUUAAAGGCACACUCCAAGCACCAUAAAUCCUACAGUUUGCUAAAGUGGCUAUGGUUCCAGGAGUACCCUGGCACAUACCCCCUCCAAUUACAAGAAGUUGAACUGGUCCACCAGGAGGUGCUGUCAACCUUCACUGCUAAUGCCAGAGUACCAGAAGUUCCUAAGAAUGGACGUCUGUUAGCUUGUUUACUGACCGCAAUCAGCUGACACUUUAAACCAAUGGGCUGAGCCCUGCACUGCAGGACUUGACUCAGGAGAACUAAUAAAAGUUUCUACUUAUGAACUUGCGUCUCUCCGGGUUUAGUAGUGGAGGUGGGGAGUUUCGCGGGGCAGACCUCAGAGACAAGCUGCUCAAAAACAGUUUGACUACUUAGGUUGGGGGAGCCAGCUUGACAUAACCAUAACCACUGCAGUGUGCUGAAGAGGAGACACGUCUGGAGAUGACUGUAAGACUCAGGUAGGUAUCAAACUAUUAGAAAAAUUGAAAGAUUGCUUAUAGUGGCCAAGGGACUCAUGGCACCAAAAGCACUGUAGUUGUUUAGCUGGUGUUUAGAAAUGGGUCCCUCUAAUUCAGGCUUCCCCAAACUCUGACCUUCCAGAUGUUGCUGAACUACAACUCCCAUGAUUCUCAGCCUACCAUCUUCAUUCAUAGAAUCAUGCGAGUUGUAGUUUAGCAACAUCCGGAGGGCUGGAGUUUGAGGAAGUCUGCUCGAAUUCAUCUCCCAUUGUGAAAUGAGUUGUAGUGGCGGGAGCGGGAGGGGAGCGGGGGGCAUUUAAAUCCAAGAGACCUCUUCAGGUUUUAAGUAUUGUUGUAAGAGGGCAUUGUCCUUUCUUUUCUCUCUGUCUGACAGUGUUUUAAUUCGAAGUCCUGCAAGUUUAAUACAGGAGAUUAUUCUGGUGGAUGACUUCAGCACAGAUCGUGAGUACUUUCUGUUUUUACAUCUCCGAUUUAAUCACCAACGCAGAACAGGUUGCGUAGUCCCGUGGGAAUAGAAGAGCUAGCAUAUUCUACAAUGUGACUACAGAGGAGUCAUGUUACUCAGUACAACAGAUGGGGUCUGUGAUGUGUUUGAGUUUCCUAUACAAAUAAUAUAGCAGACAGAACCUUUACAUGGUUACCAUGCACAAAGCUGUCCAUCUAAGGGGCCCAUCCGAUGAAUACUAAACCGUGAAUCAUGGCAAAUUUUAAACCGAUAAGUUAAAAAAUGCAGGACAACAAACCAAGUUAGGGGAGAAAAAACAGGUUUGUAGAACUCCUUCAGCUCUGAUGUGUGUGUUUGUUUGUUAUUGUGGUUGUUUUUGCUGUCGCUUCUACUGAAGAAAUAGAUAAUAAAAUCAGACAAUCGUACAAAUCACAGAUGCCGUUUAACCCCUUAAAGACCAUCAGGGCCAUUCUCUAAAAUAAGAUUGCUCAAGUGGCUACACUGGAAUCAUAACUGACUUCGAAAAUGUCCCCAUUUUGACUACUUUGGCCCUUAAUUUGAAAUUCACUUGGAAUUCUCACUUCAGCGAAUAAACUGUUUAAUUCUAACCUGAUCUUUUUAGAGUAAGGAAUGCUCUGUUUAUGUAGCUCUGGCAUUUCCAUGAAUUCAUGCCGUCUUUAAUUAAGUAGAACAUUCCAUUUUAGAAUAGAAUUUUCAAAGAACAGAUUGAUAAGACAACAUAGUUACUGGUUCUUGAAGGAGUGAAUUAUGAUAAGGAAGCUAUGUGCAGUGGUGGAGAGAGAUUUGUCAAGGCAAAAUGUGCUGUUUUAGGACAAAGAAGUAAAUAAAGUGUAAUCACCUUGUAAACCAAUUAACAUUAGCAACCAGUGUGUCUUGGUAAUCCACCCCCAUAGUGAGGUGUGUUGCAAUGCUAGAUGCUAUGAUAAGUAAAACCGGAAUUAAUGUAGUCUCUUAAUAUUGCCUUAGUAGAUAACAAUCUCAUGUUGUCUACUAAACCAUAAGAUUUAUUCAAUACAUUGGUAAUUGUAGAUAAUUGACAAUAGAAUUUGGAUUUUAGGUCAAACUAGGCAGUCUAGAAACGAUAGCCAAAACUAAAAAUGUAAAUGUAUUUGCUGAUUUUUAUGAGAUUUCUUUUGCAAGCAACCUAUAAUUUAGCUAUUACUUCGGUUUUGAAAUUUUUGCUUACAUUUUAUGUUGUUUCAUGACCUCAUCCCAGUAUACCUUGAAUUAAGCUUUUGUUAAAGGACCACUCUAGGCACCCAGACCACUUCAGCUUAAUGAAGUGGUCUGGGUGCCAGGUCCAGCUAGGGUUAACCCAUUUUUUCAUAAACAUAGCAGUUUCAGAGAAACCGCUAUGUUUAUGAAUGGGUUAAGCCUUCCCCCUAAUCCUCUAGUGGCUGUCUCAUUGACAGCCACUAGAGGCGCUUGCGUGCUUCUCACUGUGAUUUUCACAGUAAGAGCACGCAAGCGUCCAUAGGAAAGCAUUGUAAAUGCUUUCCUAUGAGACCGGCUGAAUGCGCGCGCAGCUCUUGCCGCGCGUGCGCAUUCAGCCGGCGGGGCGUAACGGAGGCGGAGAGGAGGAGGAGAGCUCUCCGCCCAGCGCUGGAAAAAGGUAAGUUUUUACCCCUUUUCCCCUUCCAGAGCCGGGCGGGAGGGGGUCCCUGAGGGUGGGGGCACCCUCAGGGCACUAUAGUGCCAGGAAAACAAGUAUGUUUUCCUGGCACUAUAGUGGUCCUUUAAGAAGAUCUGGGGACCUAUUAGAAAUAUAUUUUAUGUAUAUAGCUUUGUGUGUGUGUAUAUGAAUUCAAAUAUUUCUGGAUAUUUGAAAUAGGUAGAAAAAUAUGUACAGCUACCAGCAGUGAUAUAGCUUCUUAAAUUCAAAUUUGCACACCCCGUCUACUUCUAGAAACACGAAUAGUGGGUAUAUUUGAUUUAUCUAAACCCUAUUUAUUAUUGCCAAAAAAAAUAAAAAAUAAUAAUCCUAAUGAGCAAAUUUAAGUUUUACAUAUUGAAUAAAGUUAAAGUAUCCUGUAAUUGCAAAAACACAUUAUUAUUUUUUUUUAAUUCUAUUUUGCAAUAAAUAAAGUCUUCUCCUCUUUUAGCCAGAGAUGCUCUGUAGCAAAGUCUCACUUUGGUAUAGCUGAAAUGUAAUAUGAGUUCAGCAUUGAUACUACCGAUGUGACGUGCAGUGAGGCUGUGUGUGAUCACAUGAGUUUGGAUACACUUUAGUUGAAAGGAUUAGUGCUGUCAGUCUGAUUAAUAUGAUAAUAAGUGAAAGCAGAGCCUUGAUUUGGAAACACACUUGGGAGCUCUUGCUACGCGAUGAAUCACAAUUGCAAUGUGCCAAUUAUUUGUGUCUUGCCUAUCUCCUUUUUUUUUUUUUUUUCAUAGCGGAUGAUUGCCAACUCCUCACGAAAAUCCCAAAGGUGAAAUGCAUGAGAAAUAGUAGAAGAGAAGGUAAGUCCUCCUUACUGUGCACCUACCUUGUGUUGUCCUUGGCAGACCAGAGCUCUCCAUCCCACUGUCCAUCAGGCUAAAUGUAAAACAUCCUCCGCUAUGUGAACAGAAUGAGUGAGGAUUAUGGGAUUGGGUACCCCAAUAUGCAAGGCUGCACAUUCUGUAUGGUGAUUGGAAGAUACUCCUUAAUAACUCAUCACAAACCUUCUUAGUGGUAAAUUGCAAUUGAAGUGAUUUAAUGAACCCGGUACUCAAAUUUCUGAAUCAAAAUUGUUCAGGAACUGUAGAUGCCAUUAAAGUGGAUCUGGAAGAAGACCGUUCCUCAUUCCUGCAACACAGUAACUGCUUCUAAAGUGGCUAUAGGGAUGACUAGUGUAGCAGAUAUAAGUGGAAAUAAAAUACUUACCUUUGCUGCACUUUCAGGUUUAGGGCAGCCUCACUGCGCUGUGAUGCCUCAAGCGUGCUCAACAUGCUAGCUCAGGCAUACGUACAGAAAUCUAGUAUGAGCUUACAUGUACAUAACGUGGCACACGAAUUGCAUUCAGUAAGUCCCUAUUGGAACUCGGUAACAUCUUUAGAUAAACCGAAAGACAUAGAGAAGACACUUUUUAAUUAUAUAUUUUGAAUGUUGCUUUAAAAGCUAAAUCGAACUGUCUUAAUACUAAAUCUGCACCAAAAUCACAAUUGUUUUAGCCUUUACAAGAUUUUGCUAAUAGUGUAUCCAAAUAAGGAUAUGCAUUGGCAAAUUUAUACAAAGUUUUUACUGUAUCAUGGUUAAAUGCCAAGACAGCUGGAUACAGAACUAGAAGCCAAAACCACAGAGUAAACUUUAGAAUACUAGAUUUUUGGCAAGUACGCAGUGUGCAUACAUCUGUGUAUUGUGUCUUGCAUGCGUUGCAUGUACCAGAUUGAAACAGGCUAUUCUCUAAGCACACUAAGAAAUGCAUUUUAGGAUUUGUGCACAUAUGUUGUGUACAAGUAGGAUUCAGAUCAGAAGUCCACUACAUGGCGUGUGCAGGUAGGAAGGCUCUGUAUGGAGCAGACAUGUAGGAAGAGAGUCUCCUGUUUGUGGGCAAGUAGGGAGGCCCCUGUAUGUCGUGGGCAGGUAGGGAGGCCCAUGUAUGCUGUGGGCAGAUAGGAGGGCCCCUCUAUGGUGUAGGAAGGCCCCUCUCUGGUGUGGGCAGGUAGGAGGCCCUUCUAUGGUGUAGACAGGUAGGAGGGCCCCUCUAUGGUGUGGGAAGGUAGGAAGGCCCCUCUCUGGUGUGGGCAGGUAGGAGGCCCUUCUAUGGUGUAGACAGGUAGGAGGGCCCCUCUAUGGUGUGGGAAGGUAGGAGGGCCCCUCUAUGGUGUGGGAAGGUAGGAGGCCCCUCUAUGGUGUAGACAGGUAGGAGGGCCCCUCUAUGGUGUGGGCAGGUAGGAGGCCCCUCUAUGGUGUAGGAAGGCCCCUCUCUGGUGUGGGCAGGUAGGAGGCCCUUCUAUGGUGUAGACAGGUAGGAGGGCCCCUCUAUGGUGUGGGAAGGUAGGAAGGCCCCUCUCUGGUGUGGGCAGGUAGGAAGGCCUCUCUUUGGUGUGGGCAGGUCAGGAUGCCCUUCUUUGGUGUGGCAGGUGGGGAGGACCCUCUAUAUUGUGGGCAGGUCGGAAGGCCCCUGUGUGGUGUGGGUAGGUAGGAAGGCCCCUGUAUGGUGCAAGCAGAUAAGAAGGACCAUGUAUGGUGCGUGGGAAGGUAAGAAGGAUACUGUAUGACUUGGUGCACUGAUAAGAAGCCCCCUUCCCUCCAAGCAGUGCACAGGUAGGAGAUCCACAUCAGGCAAAAGUAUGAAAACAGCUGAUUAAACAUUCCUCUGAAGGUGGUUGCAAAAGCGGUUUACUGAAGAUAUGGAGGUGUGAUCUAAAUAUGCAUGGACGAUGAACACCGGCAGGGAGUGCAGUGUGUUUCUGGACCAUUGAAUUUCAGGGCCCGGUGGUGACUGUCACCCUUAGUUUGCCAGCCUGGGAUUUUCAAUAUGCAAAGUACACUGUGUGUACUCUGUGAAAUUCCUCAGUGUCUGAUAUGCAGGAAUGUUUCCUGUGGGACAUGCAGAGGAAUGUUCAAUGUAAGGAUCCCCUAAGCUGUCUGUGCAGUGUUGGAAUUCUCUGUAUUGAUGUGGAGUCCUUGAACUCAUUAAAAUAAUUUGAAUUGCCAUUGGGAGGUUUAACAAUACUUUUUUUUCUUUGUGGAAGUGUUCUAUGUUAUGUCAGUAACCCCAGCGGUGUGCACGGAGGUACAUAGUAACUGUAUGUGAAAUUCACAGCACAUAAUACGCUUUUAACGUCACUGCAUUGAAAGCGUCUUUUAGUGUUGCACUGUAUUUUAUUUUUAUUUAUUUUUUAUUUUUUUAUAAACAUACAUUUUAUUGGAGAAAUAUAAGGCACAGGUAUCAAUAUGGAGUAUCACAUGUAUUGUUCGUUAGUAUUAAUAUAUAGUGAUGUCCCAAACGGUUCGCCGCGGACGGCGAACAUAUGCGCUGUUCGGUCCGCCACCUAUUCGUCAUCAUUGAGUAAACUUUGACCCUGUACCUCACAGUCAGCAGACACAUUCCAGCCAAUCAGCAGCAGACCCUCCCUCCCAGACCCUCCCACCUCCUGGACAGCUCACUAAGAAUGCAGCUUCACAAUGAAUGUAAAAUGGAUGCUGUCCAGGAGGUGGGAGGGUCUGCUGCUGAUUGGCUGGAAUGUGUCUGCUGACUGUGAGGUACAGGGUCAAAGUUUACUCAAUGAUGACAUAGGGGGCGGACUGAACAACGCACAUGUUCGCCGUCCGCGGCGAACCGUUCGGCGAACUGUUCGGGAGAUCACUAUUUAUAUAUUGUUUACCAAAAGCUUUUUGUAUGCUACAUAACAAUGAUUUCCUUUUUCUUUUUUUCUUCUUAUCUUUAGGACUGAUCCGGUCAAGAGUUCGAGGAGCAGAUGUUGCCACUGCUCCGAUCCUCACCUUUUUAGACAGCCACUGCGAGGUCAAUAAUGAGUGGCUUCAACCUCUACUCCAGCGAGUGAAGGAGGUGAGUGAGGUUCUCAGUGGUGUGUCUGCUGUGGCUGUGUUGUAUGUGAAGUGUGCCAUUCAGCGUGCAUGUGUUUUUAAGUUACUGUUCAACAGCGUGGUUGGGUGGGAGUUCACUUCUUCACCAUGGUCCUCUACUGUCUUUUUUGGUCAACAUUAAUGGUGUGCUUUCUGUGAGAUGUGCCGUUUAGAAAUGCAUGUAUUUUUAUUUUAUUUAAUUAUUUGACCUGUGUCAGACUAGUGGGGUGGGUUGUCAAGUGGGUCAGUCUUCUCCUUUACUAUUUCUAGGAUCACACUAGGGUUGUGAGUCCCAUCAUCGACGUAAUCAGCCUAGACAACUUUGCUUACCUGGCCGCAUCUGCAGAUCUCCGGGGUGGUGAGUUACGGGGAAAUAGUUUUGUGGAAUACUGUGCAAAUACUUGAAGUCAUUACUUUUUAUUUCUCACGUUUCAUUGUGUUCAAGGUAACGUUUCCUCUCUUAGAAUCCCUUGUGCUUUUUGCUUAGGAUUUGACUGGAGCCUCCAUUUCAAGUGGGAACAAAUCCCCAUUGAACAGAAGAUGUCUCGCACUGAUCCAACUUCUUCUAUAAGGUAUAGCCCUCCAAUUACACAGGCACGGCUACACUGUCUGCAUCCUUUCUCUACCAUACCUUUUUGCUUCAAAGUGGAAAAUGCAUAAUGCGUGAAACAUGAUGGGAUGAGAUUUAUUAAAUCAAUAUUUGUAGAUCAGGAUUAUUAUUAUUUUAUCAACAUUCUCAUUGCAAUAUAAUCAAAUCAAACAGCUCAUGAUCUUGUCAUUGCGCACCGUGCUUUUGCUUUUUUAUUUUCGAUUUGUCAGAAAAGUCAUGGGGGCAGCAUCGAACUGUUAAGUCAUUAACUUCAGUAUAUGUCAGUUCUGCGCAUGCCUCUCCUUUGAGAACUUUAAUAUGCCUUUUUUUUUCUUAUUGAUGGCAUUUGGGAUUUGAAAAUUGCAUUCUGGGCAAACUUUUGAAUUGUGUCUCCUAUUAUUAGAUUAACUAAAAAUCUAGUGCAGAGGCUUAACGCCCUCUUACAUUUUUCUAGGACUCCUGUCAUUGCUGGGGGGAUUUUUGUCAUCGACAAAUCCUGGUUCAACCAACUUGGGAAAUAUGACACUCAGAUGGACAUUUGGGGAGGAGAGAACUUUGGUGAGUUCAUAACCUUGAAGAUUCCAUGUGUCUGUGUUGGAUCCUCACAAUCAAGUUUCCUACUGAAUUCUAGACAGAAGAGGAUAUUAUUUUGAUGAACUCACAAACCCCAAAAGUGUAAAUCUACUAAUCUGUGAAUUCAAAGCAAAUGUAAAAUCUAAGUGAAGAGUAGCCAAUCUGAAAGCAUAACUGACUUAGAGAAUGUUUCUAGUGCGGUAAGUUUGACCUUAAAUUUGAAAUGAACUUGAAUGAAUUUCACUUUGAAUUCUCACUUUUGUGGAUAACCUUUUUUGGAGCAGGUCACGUGCAAACCUGAUAAAUUUUUAAGAUUUGAUGUACUUGCUGGCAGGUACAGUGAAAUUGGCUAGAGGCAAAUGCUUAUAUGCCCUUAAGUGUUAUCUGGAGCGUUUCUGAAGACUGUGUAGAACAGAGAUUGCGAGGUGAUUAAUAGCCUACAUCAGGCGUAUGACUGCAGGUUUUCCACCGGUGGAGACAUUAAUAGAGACGUGAGCAAUUGCUGUAGUACAUGUAUAGGUGUCUGCCUAGAAACCAAUGAAAAUCUGUGCAGACAGAUGUCUUUGGUGAGAAAUAAAGUGGUGUAGGCGGUGUGAUGAUAUUAUCUUCUCUCCGCACAGCCUGGUAAUAUGAUGACAUAACACAUUAUUUUUAUCCACGGAUAUUUGUUCUUACAACAAAAGCAAUAAUACUUCUAUUAUAUAUGUGAUGAGGGACUACUGACUUGACACAAUGCUCAAUCAUGUAUUGUUCCUUGUAAGUUAGAUUUUCUGAAUUUAUCUGUGGUUUAUCGGUGAUUAAAAUGUUAAUGAGAAAAAACUGAAUUAAGCAAUAAGCCGAAUGCUUUGUGUCUUGAAAUUGUGAAUGUUCCUAUAAUCAUAAUCCAAAGGAAGUUUCCCUCAAGCAAUGGUGUCUGAAUUGUACUAGGGGCGGUCGGGCAGCAACCCCCAAUUAUUUCAUUGCUAAGAAAAAAUUUUUACAAAUCAAAUCUAUUUGCAUGCUAAGGACUAUUGCUAAGUGUGUGUUAGAACCCCACCUCCCAAACUAUUGACAGGCUAAGAAACUAAUCAUAUUAUUUUUUAACCCCUUAAGGACACAUGACAUGUGAUUCCAUUUUAUUCCAGAAGAUUGGUCCUUAAGGGGUUAAGGCAUUUUUGUAAAAGCAAUCCGUGUUCUUGGUAAAACCAUUCAUACAUGCAAAGUCUGCUCAAACAGAAUUUCUGAUGUCACUUACUAGCUUUGCAUUGAGACACCAGAUCCAGGAUGACCCAAAAGACCAGCCUGAUUGGCACCUCUUUAAAGAGUUUGGCGGUUCCCAAAUGAAAACUAUAGGUUUAUAUUGUUGAAAAGGAUGUGAUGUCUCACUGGGUCUUGGGAUUAGCAGGUAGAUCCCAACAAAUCAAGACAUAUCGCCCAAUUUCUGGAGUGGAGCCUAGCGCCUCAUCAUCUUUAAACUUCAUCAGCUGCCACUGCUGUCAAAAACGUUUGCGUGCGCCAUGAGAUUUUGUUUGGAAUGUUAUUACAAGUGUCAAAGGAAAUUAUUACAUGAUUGGGAGUAUUAAAAAAUAUGUUGUUAAUGAGACCAGGCAAUGGUUUGCCUUCUGAGCUGCAUGUGCCCUUUCUGCUGUGGGGGUGAUAAAUAUUGAGGUCAUUGGAAUGGAGCCUCUUUGACUCCUGUACACGUAAAUUUCUGGGUUAGAAAAGAAACGUUUGCACAGUCAUAAUUAUUAUAUUGAACCUGUACAUUGAACUAAAGCUAACGACAAAAUAUUUCUUUGCUGAUGGCUCUGUCCAAAGGUGUAAAUGGAAACUGAUAUUUAGGAAUUCAGUACUAUGUAAGGUAACCCAGUCGAUAAAUCAGCUGAUUUGUAUGCAUUACAUAGAAAAUUCCUGGCAAGAGACAGACUAAGGAUGCUGGGAUCUGAAGGAAACACAACUAGAUGGGUAGCUUUAAUCUGGCGAGACUGGCGUGUUCUACACCGGAGGCAGUAUGCAAAGGUCAGCGCAUCAUAAAGACUGAGAUCAAAAACAGCUGUUGUAAAGUCCAGAAGUAAAAAAAUUUUUUUUUAAAAAAAAAUAGAAUUAUGAAAUAAAUAAAAAAUGCAGUGAAUAUUUACUUAGUGUUUUGAUAAUGUAACUUUUUAGGCACCUACUACUUAAUGGCGUACACAGUUUAAAAAUUUGUUAUGUAGGAGUUAGUUAAUCUAGGUUAAUUUAAAAGUCUUUGUUCAUUAUCAGUUUGUUACAUCUGUGUAUGUAGGGAUAUCUAUAAACCCUACAAAUAUAAGGCUGUCUGGCUUCGUUGAAAAACCUCUUUGAUAGCUGAUUUCGAAACUGUAUUCCAUCAAAAUGAUGAUUGCAUUGGCACAAAACGAAGUAUCAGCAAGUACAGCCAACGUCCUACGAUGAAGUGAUGAAUAUGUCAUGGUGGGAUGUGUACCAAGUUAUAAUGAAUUGCAUGUAAGCAGUUGCAAAAGGGAAAAAAAUUAUAAUUCUCCCAAGUAUAUACUUUUUCAAAUGACAACCUAUUUAGAUGUCUCUCUUGUUUGGUGCUCAAAUUGUAAGUACAGGGGGUCACAAUCAAUGCAAAAAAAUUAUAUAUUAAGGUGAGCGCCCCUAAAACUGACUGCCUAUCUUUUGCAUGAGUAAUCUGUAUUGCCAAAGAAAUGAGGAAAGCACGUUGGAAGGGAUGGAACGCGCCCACAGACCAUGUUUGGUCCUCAUCGAAUUCCUAUACUACAUAAAAGUUUGCUUGUGGGGGUUGCCGGCUGGUCUCGUAGUGGGUUGUGUUUUUUUUUAAUUUUGUUUAUUUUAUUUUUUUUUUACUUUCCCAGAUCUGUUUGUGACUUUGACGGGCCCACUUUUGUUCCCAAUCUACUCCUCUACUUCCUAAUCAUGUGGUGGAGCCUCCUGUAGCUCUGACCUGUAUUGGUCUUUAAUGUUGAAUAAUGCUUGCCAGAACUCGUGCAAAGAUGGACUUUAGGUUUCUAGUUUUCUAAUGAGGUUUUAUGGCAUGUGAACUUCUAAUCGUUCUAUAUGAUAUUUCACUAAGCUGUUUUGUAAUUUAUUUAUUUUUUUGCCCUUUAGCUUUUGUUCAUUUAAAUUGAAAAUAUUCUGCAGUUUUGAAUCAAAAUUCUUUGUCCUGUUUAUUUCACUCUCUGUCAAACGCACCUCUGGGUUCUGUGAUAAUUUUGGAGACGGUUUUCUGGUUUGGAAGCUUGAUGAUUGCUACCUGCAAUUACCUCUCAAUACAUUACUUGAUAACUCCAUACUUGGCCCUGAUGUCUAAGAGGCAGAAUUCCUUGACAAUCUUUUGCGAUAUUCUAUAUAUUUUGUUGGAACUAAAAAUGGCUGAAAUGCCAUUUAGAAACGACUUGUACCAAUAUGGCCACCCUGAGUGAUGUAAAAAGUAUAACUUUAGCGUCAUCUUCCUCCCAAUUUUCAUCAGUUUUAAUAGCUCCAAGAAAACCACUCAACUGCACAGUACUUUGUUAAAACUGGUCCACAUUCCAAUACUAUAACCAGGGUGGGAAUGUUUUUAUGGACUCCAUAAUGGCAGGAGCCAUAGCCUUCUAGCCAGCAGGUCUAAAUGUCAUUGGACCAUCUAGAUUAGAGCCAUAUUUUCAUGACCGAUGGUCCAGGCAAUGGUGGCCGUAGCUCCUAUGAGGUCGUUGACAUUAAUAUAUUGUUUUAGGCAUAUUUUUCCCCACCGCCUUGUGUAUUGAAGAAAUCACGGUUUUAUCUAACAAAGUAGUGGAUUUAUGAUAGAUAUUCUGACAAAAAUAAAAUGCACACAUUUCACUACCUGGCAACUCAAUGGGUUAAAAACAUAAAAUCUGUCAAAAGAGCCCAUUUCUCUUAAACAUUUUUUUGCCAUUAAACAGAGAUGACUCACUGUUUAAACUAUUUAUCUUCCUCAAACUCUCUGUAAUGCUCUAGAUGUGUUUCCAGCCAUUGGGUGAAGCUGGAGUCUCUACUGUAUCCUUGGAUUUCUACGUUACUUGGAGCAACAAAUGCGUUUUCAGCACAGAAUGUUAAUUGUGUUCAGUCAUGUUCUGGAACUCCAGGCCCAGACAUUAGACUUGUAAAUCCAAAGCUAUAUGGAUAAUAACUCUCCACAGGCCUAAAAUCUCAUUACACAGAUGUAUUUAGCAUUAGCUUUAUUGAAGCAGGGUUUUAAGAAGAGGAUUGCAGGAUUAUCUAUGAAACCGGGACUUGUGAUUCAAUUUUCAAAAAAACUAAAUUAUUUAUUUUACAGUAAAGGCAGGCAGUCACUUAUACAUAGAUGUACCGAUCAUCAUUUUCUCAAGAAAACCAUAUAGCACCAGCUGGCCAAAAAUAGAUUGCGGUUUGUUGUAAAACUCCAAUAAUGCUUUGUCAGCCGUAAAGGGACACUCCACUUCCCAAGUACAAAAUAAAAAAAAAUCACUGUUUAGUAGAUAUAUAUUCCAAAUGAAAACUCGCAUGCAUUUAAUUAUGUAUUUUUUUUUUAUUGGGACUAUAUCUAAAAUCAGUUUGCAAUUUUAGAGAGCUUGCAAAGGUCUGCUGCCUUUGCAAGCUCUCCCCUUCUAGCCCCGCCCAGUUUUUCUGUGACUGUCCAAUCACAGACUUUUUAAUGCAGCUCAGUGAGAAGUCUUUGUAAGCAGGUGCCCUGGGCAAUUGCUGCCUCUUGAGGUUAGCUGCAUUCAGCUAACGAAACCAGGAAGUAACAUUACCUGUUGUCUUCUUGAAAGCCAAGGGGGUGUAACCAAUAUAAAGGUGUCAAUUUCGAUUGAAAUCUGAACUUUUUGCAAAAUUAAAUACGAGGACACACUUUUCAUACAUGACGCUUUUCAGUAACCUAAAGUUGUUUAAGGGUCUGGAGUGACCCUUUAAGGUUAGGGAUCUACAUUUUGUGAUUCCAAGUUACACUGGGUACAUUUUGUUACAUUAAAGAGACUCUGACAUAAAAUAAAUGUUCAAUCUCAAGCAGUAUUGCUAGUGAGACUAGAGGUACUUAAAUAUAAUGGUGACAUCAGUCACAAUGCCUUCGUUACCCUGAAUGUCUCAAAUACAGCUGCACAUAUUCUUCUACUGUCAGACCAACCACCAGGCCUAACGGACCGAAAAUAUGUGUUUUACCCCAGCGGAAAGUAAAAACGGUUGCAGUUGUGGGUAAUUUUUUAAUUAAAAUAAAAUAAUUCUCGUUUAUUGUUCCUUACUUGACUUUAGUCAAACAAACAUAGCUGCAGCAUUGUCUAAACAGCACAUGUUAGAGGCAGAUUUAGAAAUGGGUUUUAUUUUGGCAUUUUCACCCAGAUCAAGAAAUCUAUUUAUUAAGAUAUAUAUCUGCAUAUCGGAUGGUGUCCUGCCGCUAAAGACCUGAUUAUUGUCAUAUACUCUCUUAGAAUACUCACAAAUAUUAACAUUGUGAUAUACAUUGGUGUCAGCUGUUGGUGUUGUUUGUAAAGUCACUAUGUGAAUGUUUUUUUACAGAGCUGUCUUUCCGUGUCUGGAUGUGUUCUGGAAGCUUGGAAAUUGUGCCUUGCAGCCGCGUUGGACAUGUGUUUAGAAAACGUCACCCGUAUGAGUUCCCAGACGGAAACGCGUUGACUUACAUAAAGUACGUACGAACAGGUGCUCUGCACUAUUUAAGUUAUUCGCUGUCUGCAACACUGAAUUCUACAUUGUUGCCAUUUGUUAAAGUAAAUGUGCAUGGAUGAUCAUUGAUUAGCCUUUUUCUAUCACAUCCCUAAUUUAUUUUUAAUUGAGAAAGAUCGUUAUCACACAAUCCGUUUAACAUGGUUGGAUUCAGGGAUGCAGGCUUCAGCAGCCUCCAAUAUCUAAGCCUUAGAUUAAGCAGUAUUCCCCUGUGCCAACCAGUAGAUCUGAAAAACAAAAAUUUGCUAAAAAGGGGAUUGUCACGUUCAAAAUGACUCCAUUGAGUAAAGCAUCAAAAAUUGCCUAUAACUUGUAUUCACCCUUUUUUCUCAAGUGGUGCUUUUACUUUUAUUUAUUUACUUAUUUAUUUUAUAUAUGUAUAUUUAAUAUUUGGCAGUUUAUCACAAUCUAGUUCAAUCCUGGUGGUGCCAGGGAUAUAAGGUGCAUUGGAGUAGGUGAAACAUAAACAUGGUUUAUAUAUGUUCUACUGACAUGACAGUCUGCAGACUGACAUUUGCAAAUCAUAGUGCUUAUAGGCACUCCAAGGAUAGUAAUGAAUACAGUGCUGUGGACACGUUAAUAGGAACGCCCCAAACACCAUAAUCACUAGAACUCGGUUAUAUAUGCUGGGCUCCCAUAGUCCCUGUUAUCAGGCAGGAAGUCAAUGGGCAUGGUAAAAGGGUGUGCAACUGACACAAAUCACGUAAUCACGUAACCUGCCAAAAGGGGCGAACAUGCCCAAAAAGAGGACAUGUCUGCUCAAAGAAAUAGAAGGCCAGCCUGGCAUGAAUGCAUGUCAGGCUGCCUGCCAAUCAUGCAGCUGGCCAACUAAGGGCAUACUAUGCAGACAGCACCCUGAGCUUGGCAUAAAUGCAUCUAAUGAUGCGCUCACUCAAUGCUUUCUAAGCACUGUCCCCUAGCACUCGCUGGUCCACUUGUCUCCUUACCUUCUUACUAGCAGGCAGAAGCUCCUGGUAUAUGGUCUGGGACAGAGAAAAGCUGUAUGUAGUGAGUGUAGAAGAAAGGGAACAUGCCACAGUGUUAGAGGACCAAAGUCAGCAUUACCUUAAAGGAUCACUAUAGGGUCAGGAACACAAACAUGAAUUCAUGACCCUAUAGUGUUAAAACCACCAUCUAGCCCCCCUGGGCCCCUCAUGUCUCCAUAAAUAUAGCAAAAUCUUACUAUAAGCCCGAAGCUGUAACUCUGCAUGCUGUUAGACUCAUAAAAACAAGCAGUCUGCUGACAUCAUUAGAAGUGGUGGCCUGAUCCAAUCAUAGUGCUUCCCCAUAGGAUUGGCUGAGACUGACAAAGAGGCAGAUCAGGGUCAGAGCCAGCAUGAUUCAAACACAGCCAUGGCCAAUCAGUAUCUCGUCAUAGAGAUGAAUUGAAUCAAUGAAUCUCUAUGAGGAAAGUUCAGUGUCUGCAUGCAGAGGGAGGAGACACUGAAUGUUUAGCCAGCCAUGACCCAGGAAGGAUCUCUAACAGCCAUCUAAGGAGUGGCCAGUGAAGUUAUCACUAGGAUGUAAUGUAAAGACUGCAUUUUCUCUGAAAAGACAGUGUUUACAUCAAAAAGCCUGACGGUAAUGAUUAUACUCACCAGAACAAAUUCAAUAAGCUGUAGUUGUUCUGGUGACUAUAGUGUCCCUUUAACUAUAUUCAUUGUCAGCCAGUCCACACAAGUUUUGUUCCCAUACAUCCCACUUAAGUUUCCAUACUUCAGUAAGAGUAUGUGAAAAGUAGUUAGGGUUGCCACCUUUCUUGGAAAAAAAAAAGGAGUGACAUAAGAGAAAAUGCCGUAAAAUCCCCCAAAAAACUAUAAGUUUGAUUCUGCUGUAUAGAUGGAUUCCUCCCAGUGCCCCCAUGACUCAGUGCCCCCAUGUGUCGAUUACUCCAGGUCUCAGUGUUCCUAUGUAUCAGUGUCUCAAUGCCCUGUGUCCCCAUGUAUCCCAGGGUCCCCAUGUCACUAGGACACUAGGAAGACGAGGAGACCUGGGGACAUGGGGAGACCUAGGGACACGGAGACACAAGUGACACUGGGAGACUAGGGGACUCUGGCUGGGACACAUGGGGACAAUGGGAAAAUAGGGGACACUUGAAGACAUGGGGACACAGACAUCAGAGACACUGGCUGGGGGACAUUGAGACAUGGGGACACUGAGACACCAGGGCCACAGACACUAGGGACACUAGCUUGGAGACAUGGGGACAUUGUGACACUUUAGGCAAUGAGAGACAUGGAGGCACUAGGAGACAUGGGGACAGUGAGACACUGGCAGACUGGGAGACUAGGGGUCACUGGGAGACAAGGGGGCACUGAGACAACAGGGACACUGGCUGGGAGACAUGGGGACACUGUGUCCCCAUGUGUCUGUGUCAUAAUAUCUCCCAAUGUCCCUUAGUGUCUCAGUGUCUGCCAUAAUGUCUCCCAGUGUCCCUUAGUGUCUCAGUGUCUGCCAUAAUGUCUCCCAGUGUCCCUUAGUGUCUGUGUCUGCCAUAAUGUCUCCCAGUGUCCUUUAGUGUCUCAGUGUCUGCCAUAAUGUUUCCCAAUGUCUCCCAAUGUCCCUUAGUGUCUCAGUGUCUGCCAUAAUGUCUCCCAAUGUCCCUUAGUGUCUCAGUGUAUGUCUCAUUGCAGCUUUCCCCCCAUCCCUUACUUCCCUGAGCUGUAGGCUGUCUCUGCAGGUGGGAGUUGCUGUCUGGACUCUCUGUAGCUGCUCCCCUGCAGAUCAGUGAGUAUAGAUAGGCAGGGAGGGAUAUGCUGGAACUUCCUAUCCCUGCCUGUCUCCACACACAGCGACCCCUACUGGCCAGUGCUGGUAUUGCAUAGUAAUCUCUUGUUUAUACUGAGAAAAAUACUAGAAUUUGUAUUGCCAGUAUCACUGUAAUAUUGGCACCAGCCAGGCAGCCUCAAAUACUGGCUGUGCCAAUAAAAUAAAAGCCAGGUGGGCCUGGGCCUGGAGCUGCAGCUCCAUCAGCCCCUAUGUUAAUCCGGCCCUGUUAUUAGAGCUUUUACAAAGUAGCAGAUAUUAAUAUAUGAUGCAACAUAUGAAAGGUGAAUUUUCCAUGACCGUGUCCCUCUAAGGCCAUCUUUCAACAAAGCUCUAAAGAUUUUGAUGGCAAAUCCUGUCAAGGAGUGAGUUUAAUCAGCACACAAAUUACAAUUCUCCAUGCAUAUAAUCAGACCAAUAAUUAUCAGAAAGAUAAAAAUAUAUACUUUUAAUCACCUUUUCUGUUUAGUUCACCAAUACAAAGAAUGCUCUAAUGUAACUUUUAACUGGGCUAUUUAACUGCUGUAGGUAACUUAUAUAUGCCAACAGAGGUUCAGUGGACAUCGGAUGAUGAUUGUCCGUGUCCCAGUAACUCAUACCAAAAUGAGUAGCUCAUGUAUAGACAUAGAACAUGUAAGGACCACUAAAGUUACCCAGACCACUUCAUCUCUAUCUGGUCCUGUAGUUUCAGCUCUACAAGGUAAAACAGAAAUGUUUUUCAGAAAUGGCAAUGUUUACCUUUAAGGGUUAGACACAUCCAGACAGCCACUAGAGGUGCUUUUGGACAACAACCAAUUCAAAUUCCGUCAUGGAACGUUGCAGCUCUCAGGAAAGCACUGGAUUCAAUGCUUUCCUAUGAGAAGCAUUGUAUGCAUGUGCAGCACUCGCCUCGCAUGCGCAUCUGUCCUGUGAACCGACGCCACCUUGAUGACAUCGGGGGAGGCGGAGAGGUCAGCAGCAUUGAAGGAGUUUCUGUGCUGGAAAAAGUUAAGUAAAACUAUUUUUUAAAUAUAUAUUUUUUUUUUACUGCAAAAUGGGGAGCCCACUAAUCUAUGAACUAGGCCACUAUAGUCAAAAGUGCAAAAAACAGUGGUGUGCAAGACGUGCUUCAGUAUAACACUAAUGAAAAAGCACUCAUGAACGGUGAUCUCAGAACCCUCACCAAUAAUUAGACCAAUAAAACUCACAAAAGUGAACUACAACUUAAAACACAUAUAAACCAGAAGUGGCGCACUAACAAAACAAAAGAGGAAUCUUACCCUCUUGUACAUGUAAUUCACAGGGAGUAAAAUCAAUAAAUUGAUUUGAAAUCACUAGAAGAAGCAUUUCAUCUCCAGUCUCCUGCCAGAUGGUUUUAGGGAGUGUCACACCACAAUACUGACAUAAGGCUCCUACACCUUAGAGCCUAGGAGUGGAAAGGCUCUAUAGAACGUGAGGACAAUCUAAAAUAUAUUUAUACAAGGUUCCUCUGAUACAUUGCAUUAUCUACUGUCCAUAUUUUCUUCCUGAGGGAGAGAGACCCUACUUGAAGAAAGGUGUAGUGCCACCUGGGAAGGUACAUCUGCUUAUAAAGCAAGCCUCUAUUUUUAAGCUCAACUACAUGUGAGUGUACCUAGUACUACUUUCUUGUUACACUUUGUAUUGUACAAUCUUCACUUUAUAUUGGUUUUGUUCUCGUUUAUUUUACAUAUAUUGUGGAUUUUACUCCCUGUGAAUCACAUGUACAAGAGGGAAACUUAAUCCCCUUUAGUUUCGUUAGCGCUUCACUUCUGGUGAAUGAGUUUUUACAUUUAUAGGGCACGAUAGCGUUCGGAAUACAGGCUUUAUGUAUGACUAAUAUAUUCAGAAUCCAUUUCUAACCAUUUGAGCAAUGGGCACUAUACAACUAGUAUUGAUUGUGCUUAUAGAUUGUGUCUGUGUGCUAAUUAUCAGCUAAUUUAAUAUUCCUAGAGCCAUAAGAUCCUAAAGCGUGCGAUGACCCACUUCAUGGUGAGCCCCACUAGCACUUAACCCUCUGACUACAAAGAGGAGUCAGGAAAGGAGUGCCAUUAAGUCUGGUACACAAAGGGUUAGAUCAUGGUGUGACAGGGCAUGCAAAUAACUGGUCUAUAGAUGGAGACUUGUUAAAUUUUGCAUGAAUCCUGAAAAUAUCACGUAGGAGAAAUCUGGGAAAGGGGCUAGGGAACUGAUGGCUAUCAGUGGACCCAGAGACAUUUGUGGACUUUAUUUUCCAUGAUGCCAUGCCAGCCUAAACUGGGGAUCUAACCUACACAAAGAGCACGCCAUAGACAGCAACCACCUGCAUUUGUUGUCCCACAAAAUAUUUGUAAGGCAUCUUUGUUUUUUCAAUACAUUCCUUUAUUUUCUAUUUUUUUAAAUUCGAUUUUAUACCUAGCAGAAUUUAUCUACUAGUUUCCAGCAUAAAUACCAGUGCUUACUGAUACAAGUAAUUAUAUAUACUAGCACGAUAUAUUAAUUAGAGGUAGCUCACUCCCCAGUAGUUUAUAUUGAAGCCUGCUAUUAUAGCAGUUUAAUAGAGCUGAACGCGUUGAUUUAUUGCACAUUUGGUCCUGUCUGUUGCAUUAUUCAGCACGAUCCUCUAUUUAUUGUCCAAUUUCACUGGAUGUGGUUUUUAUAUACCAAGUGUUUUAUUUUAAGGACCAAUGACUAUCUUUAAUCACAGCAACCUGGUCCUUAACCAUUUAAGGAUCGGUGAUGACUAUCACAACAUUCUGUUAUUUAAGCAUACUGUUCCAAAAAGGAAUGACCCACCAAUGCUAAGCCAUGCUGGCAAACAUUUUUAAGAUUGCUCAAACUGCUAUGAUGGUGAAAAAGUUAAAAAUCAAAAACACCUUAAAGACUUUUUUUUUUGAUACCCACUUGGGGAAAUGUAUCCAGUAUGAUUAUCCAAUCUAUAAAGUUUUCUGACUCUCAGCUAAUAUUGUGCAAGAGUUUCAGCAUGAUAUCAAUCUGUCACAACGUAGCAACUUAUUUCUGAUGUUAACGCUGUUAGCUUAAUGAUGCUGUUUUAGUGUAUAGAUCAUGCCUCUCAAUUCACUGCCAUCUAGGAGUUAAAUCACGUUAUUUCUGUUUAUGCAGCCCUAGCCACACCUCCCCUUGCUAUGAUUGACAGAGCCUGCAUGAAAAAAAAUGGUUUCACUUUCAGUCAGAUGUAAUUUACCUUAACAUUUUUUUAUCUUUUGCUCUGUAAAUUGAACUUUAAUCACACACAGGAGGCUCUUGCAGGGUCUAGCAAGCUAUUAACAUAGCAGGGGGUAAGAAAAUCUAAAUUAAACAAAACUUGCAAUAAAGAAAGGAUAAACUUUAGAUGACUCUUUACAGGAAGUGUUUAUGAAGGCUGUGCAAGUCACAUGCAGGGAGGUGUGACUAGGGUUCAUAAACAAAGUGAUUUAACUCAAAAAUGGCAGAGAAUUGAGCAGUGAGGCUGGAGGGGCAUGUUAUAUACACCAAAACUGCUUCAUUAAGCCAAAGUUGUUUUGGUGACUAUGAAUCCAUCUUGGAAAGAUCUGACCUGCUUGCUUGACUAGUUUUUAUAAUUCAGUGGUGAUGAUAACAAAUUAAACGUGUCAUUAACCCAUAUUUCAAAUCAACAUUCAUAAAGGUUUCUUUAUUUUCUAAUUGGACAUUUUUAUUUUUGUAUAGUGUACUUAUGUAUUUCUUGUGCUACCUUAGGCCUUGAUUUAAUAUGUUUGAUUUAUCUGAUUAUCCAGAAGUAUAGGGCUCAUUUUUACAGAAACGAUAAUGGUAAAAAUAUUGACAAAAAGUAUUUGGUGAGAUUCUCAAUGUAAUCUAUUUGUUGUGUGUUUUGAGGUAAUGUAACAAAUGAUAUAUCAAUGAGAUAUUUUUCGGACCUAACCCAUGUAACAAGAGUUUUUCGUUCACAUCAGGAACACCAAGCGAACAGCUGAAGUGUGGAUGGAUGAAUAUAAACAGUAUUACUAUCAAGCUCGACCAUCUGCUAUUGGCAAGGCGUUUGGGAGGUGAGUGAACACUCUCUUCUUGUUUUCUAACCAUCUGUCUUUUCUCUUUCUGGUACAAAUCCGAUCUUCCCAGCCCUUUGUUGUUUUUGUGUUGGGAGUAAUUUUUAGAGAAGGAAUCUUCUCUCUAGAUGUAAAGUGCACCUGCUACUGUCUUAGACGCUUACAUCACUCUGGGGAUGCUUUAUCAAUUUAUAUAAUUAUACAGUUCUGUUCAUUUAUACCAUCCCUUUGGUUUAAUUGGACAACACCUGACCACAUGAACAGAAAGAAAGUGAACUCAAUAGGUACCUGAAUAAUUAGGAAGCCUUUUGUUGAGAUACAAUGACAUAUACCCAAUUACUCUUCAUAUUUUGGAAGGAUCUGUCUGAAGCAACCCUUAGUAAAGUCACACAAACAAGAGGUCUCCCAUGUCAGCAGUCCUGCCUACGAACAUUAUAAUAACAUACAAUGUGGUACUCUAUAAAACAAUAUAUGGGUUAGAAGUGACAUCUACCUGGGAGACGUAUUUUAUCUGGAUCAGUUGGUGGGUCUGUGACUCCCCUCUGUAAACUCAUUUAUAACCGCACAAAACGGUAACAGUGUCAGUUAUAGCAAUCCUUUCUCCGUGACUCUGAUUGGACUCAUUGUAAGCUGAUUAAUUUCACUUAUGUUAAUCCCUUUGCUUGACCUUAACACUCAGAUUCCUUGCACGGAUCUUGCAUAAUUAUAUACUGGGCAAUUUGUUUUUCCUGUGUACAUUUUUAAUGCAUGUCUUUCAACAAAAGAUCAUUUUAAAAAUGGUUAUUGAGAAAUGUUUAUCGUAUUUCCUAAACUAUUACACAUUUUGAAGUUGUAAAAAUAUAUAAUACAGUGUUCUUUUUUGAGAUGAGAAAUUUACGUCUAAAUUUACGAAUAUGUGACAAAUUUACUCGAAUGUUCUUCCCAGUACUAACAAAUUAUGUUAAUUCUCUUAAUCGUCUAGUGUGUCUGAAAGAGUAGAGUUACGCAAAAAAAUGAACUGUAAAUCUUUCCAGUGGUACCUUCAGAAUGUCUACCCAGAACUAAAGUAAGUAUUCUGAAUUGCGGGGAUUGGAUUGUCAGGGUUGUGGCCAAGUUUGACACGUUGUUUCUUUGUAUUUUAGAAUUCCUGAGAAAGAAGCUGUAACAAGAGUCAUAAAGCAAGGAGUCCACUGCCUAGAAUCUCAAGGGGAAGACACUGCAGGGAAUGUAUUAGCUGGUGUCGGGGUCUGCAAAGGGACUGGCAAAAAUACACCGUCGUCACAGGUGCUUUAAUUAACAUUUAGAUGAUAUGAGAUACUUUUUUUUUUACCUCUGACGAGCCUCAGAAAGAAAGUAUCACACUGAAUGCAUUUAUAUUUCAUAUUUAUAUAUAAUGGAAAAUUUAUUCAUACUUACCGUAAUUUUCUUUUCCUGGUCAUAUGCCAUGGCAGCACAACAUUGGGGUAGCUCCUCCCUAUCCCCAUUGGACAGGAAUAAUUAUUAAGCUGUAUAAGUACCACCUCCUACCCCUCCUUCCCCAGUCAUGUUUUCCAGCAAUAGCCCUGGGUGGGACCCUUGUGCUGCCAUGGCAUAUGACCAGGAAAAGAAAAUUACGGUAAGUAUGAAUAAAUUUUCCAUUUUCCUGGCCAUAUCCAUGGCAGCACAACAUUGGGUAAUACCCAAGCAAUAAACCAGGGAGGGAAAGAGACACAGACUCCAAAAAUUUGAAUGCAAAGUGUAUUAACACCACAACAAGUGAAAAAAAUAGAAAUCAGGCAUUGGAUACAGACAGAACUGAUUUAGCAAAUUGAUCAGAUAUACCUGCUCUAACAUCAAUUUGGUAGCUCUUAAUGAAAGUGUUAGAGGAAGACCAUGUAGCUGCUUUACAAAUGAGUUCAGGAGAAACAUUAGCAGCGGCUGCCCAGGAAGAUGAGAGAGCCCUCGUGGAAUGGGCUUUAAGACCCACAGGGACCGGAUAUCCAGCAGAUUGAUAAGCCAGAAUAAUAGCUGCUACUAUCCACCUGCUAAUGGUAGAUUUGGGAGCUUGUGAGCCCUUUUUACAGCCGCAAUGAAGGACGAAAAGACUGUGAGAAGUACGCCAAGCAGAAGUCCUAUCAAUAUAUAUCUGGAGACAUCUUACUAGAUCCAGAGAAGAUAGGUUAGUAGAAUUCUCCAUUUCUUGGGAGUCAGACCUCAGAGAUGGAAGAACAAUAUCCUCGUUGAUGUGAAAGGAGGAGGUGACUUUAGGUCGAAAUUCGGGAACCGUACGGAGGACAACUCUGUCUUUGUGAAAGACCGUAAAAGGCUCCUUAAUGGAUAGAGCAUGGAGCUCAGAAACCCUCCUGCCGGAAGCUAGGGCAAUCAGCAGAGCAGUCUUAAUAGAGAGAGCAUGAAGAGGAACUGUGUCAAACGGUUCAAAAGGUUCCAACUUUAGGGCAUUCAAGACCAAAGGGAGAUUCCAAGAUGGAACAAAUGGUUUAAUAGGAGGUUUUAUCUGAAGGACUCCUUUGAUGAACCUGAUGACAUCCGCGUCCAGUGCCCAUCGAUGAUUGGUUAGAGCGGACAAAGCUGAGACGUGCACCUUGAGAGUGUUAUAGCUCAGCCCUUUAGCAAGCCCAGACUGCAGGAACUCCAAAAUAUUAGAGGAGGAAGGAUCUUGAAUAUUAAUGUUCCUGUGAAGGGCCCAGUCAGAGAAAACUUCCCACACUCUAUAAUAAGUGGCUGAAGUGGAAUGCUUACGUGCCUUCAGCAUAGUGCCUAUAACGUCCUGGGAGAAUCCUUUACUCAAAAGCCGGUUCCUUUCAGUCUCCAAGCCAUGAGAUUGAGAGAGACCGGAUUUGGAUGAAACACAGGACCUUGGAACAGAAGAUCCGGAGUUCUGGGGAGUGGGAGAGGAGGUUCCACCAAAAGACUUUGAAGCAGAGGAAACCAGGGUCUUCGAGGCCAAUAAGGCGCAAUCAGGAUGAGAGACACCUGCUCUGUUCUCAUCUUCCUCAGGAGCGGGAGAAUUAGUGGAAAUGGGGGAAAGGCAUAGCCCAUCCUGAACCUCCAGGGGCUUGAUAAAGCAUCCCUCCCCAGUGCUAGGUGGUCGUCUUCUUUCGUGAAGAAAAGCUUUACUUUUCUGUUGGCCCGAGUGGCUAGAAGGUCUACUUGAGGGAGACCCCAUUUGUCCACAAUCAAGCGGAAUACACUGUCUGAGAGGCACCAUUCCCCCAGAUCUAUCCUGGAUCUGCUGAGAAAAUCCGCCAGCUGAUUCCGUUUCCCUGGUAGAUGGAUGGCAGUAAGGCCCGCCAGGUUUCUCUGAGCCCACCACAUCAGGUGAUUCAUGAUUUCCAUCAUCUUGCAGCUCCUGGUACCCCCUUGGUGAUUGACAUAGGAUACCACCGUGGAGUUGUCCGUCCUUAUCUUCACCCAUUGCCCCUUGAGAUGAUUCGAGAAGUGUUUCAAUGCUUUGAGGACAGCCAGAAGCUCUAGGCAAUUGGAAUGAACAUUGUUUGCCCUGAAACUCCAUUCUUCCUGCGCAAAGUCGUGGAGACAAUGAGCGCCCCAUCCCCAUUGGCUGGCAUCCGUUGUCACAGUUAUCCACGCGAUAUCUCCUAGUGGAAAACCCUUUGAUAGGUGCUCCCUGUUUAACCACCAGAUUAGAGAAUGGCGUACAUUCAGGGAAAGUUUGAUGGGUUGGUGCAGGUUCCCGGAGGAGAACUGUCUCAGGAAAUUGGCUUGGAAUGGUCUCAUUCUCCACUGUGCCCAUCUGGUCAGUCCUAUUGUGGAGGACAUGGAACCAAGGAGGCUCAUUAUGGCCUUUGCCGGGGCCACCCUGGAUAUCAGCAUUCUUCUCAAUAACAUCUUGAGUUUCCGUAUUCUUGCUGAUGAAAGUUGAACAGUGCCCUUUAGAGUGUCGAAGUGAGCACCUAAGUAAACCAUAGAUUGCGUUGGGUGGAGGUGGCUCUUCUUGGUGUUGAUCUUCCAGCCGUGAGCUUGCAGAAACUGAAUGCUGGUAAUAGCAUGGGAUGUCAGAGAAUCUACGUUGUUUCCUAAGAUCAAGAUGUCGUCCAAAUAAUGGUAAAUCGCAAUGUUCUGCUUUCUGAGUUCUGCAAUGAGAACAAUCAGGACCUUUGUAAAUGUCCUCGGAGCUGUGCUCAGUCCAAAGGGGAGGGCCCUGAACUGGAAGUGACCUUCUUCCACAGCAAACCUCAGAAACUUUUGAUGAGUUUGGGCGAUGGGUAUGUGAAAGUACGCAUCUAACAGAUCUAUGGACAGCAUCCAUUGGUUGGGUGACACUACUUUUAUUAUAGAUUGUGGGGAUUCCAUUUUGAACCUGCGAAUGUGCAGAUGCUUGUUUAGCCUGUGUAGAUCCAGAAUGGGUCUCCAUCCCCCUGAGGAUUUCUUCGUUAAGAAGAUGUGGGAGUAGAACCCUUGAGUUCUCUCGCCGGCUGUCACUUUGGUGAUAACUUUCUCCUUCUGCAAGGAAAGGAUGAAGUCUUGUAAGGCCAUGCACUUUUCCUUGUCCCCUGGCCACUUUGUGAGGUGAAAGGACCUGCUUGGAGGAUGCUCGAGAAAUUCUAUCAAGUAACCUCUCCGAAUAAUAUCCAGUACCCAACCGUCGCUUGUGGAUACUCCCCAUAUCGGUAGAUAUUGGAGAAGACAAGCCCCGACACCUUCAGGAUUUGGGAAUUAUAUAGUCAUAAAUUCCUCUGGUUUUUAUAGGAAGAUGAACCGCGUGACUUGCCUCCUCUGUUUCCAGCUGGGGCUCCUCUCCCAGGUUGAAAUCUGGAAUAUUCUCUGCCCGGUUUGUAGGACCUACUGUCACGAAAGGAAUGGUACUCUUUCCGGGCACGAAAGGAUCCUUUAUACUUUCUCUCCUGAGGUAGAAAGGCUUUAUUCCCUUCAGCCGCCCUCUUAAUGCAUUCGUCCAAAUUCUUGCCAAAUAACAUACUCCCGUGAAAUGGCAAAGAACACAAACUAUUCUUGGAGGAAGCAUCGGCUGCCCAAGAUCUGAGCCAAAAUGCUCGCCUAGAGGAAAUCGAGAAGGACAUAUUUCUAGCAAGGCUCCUUACCAGAUCCACUGCAGCUUCUGAUGAAAAAUCAAUUGCUAGACGCAUAUCUCUUAGGUCCUCCACAAUGGAAGAACGGCUUCUGCCACUCAUGAUGUCCCCUUCCAGCUCCUGUAUCCAAACCUUCAUAGCUCUUGUAACUGACGUGAGAGCACUUGUGCCUGAGGCUACAUAGGAUUUGGAAAGGUAGUAUUCCAUCUUACGAUCCAUAGGAUCCCUGAAGGAACCUGCAUCGUCUACAGGAAGGGUAGUGUGCUUGGCUAGUCUGACCACUGCAGCAUCAACUUUAGGUGGAAAAUCCCAUGUUUCAGCAUCUCUGGAAUGAAACGGAUAUAAUCUUGAGAACUUCCCUUUUGCAGAUGAUCUCCGGUCAGACCUGGACCAUUCUUCUUUAAUAAGGUCACUAAUUGUGGUAUGCACAGGGAAAGCCGCUCUCUUUCUUCUAAGAUCAGAGAAAUAGCGGUUAGAUGUAGACGGUUCCUCCUCUGAGGGUUCCUUCAAGGUAUGGGUUUCUCUGACCCGAGCAAUUAAAUGAUCCACCUCCGCAGGUACCAGGAAGUCAGGAUCAGGGAUAGCCUCCUCCUCCGAGGAAAAAGCUAGGUCUCUCAGAGAAGCUGAAUCCAUUAACUCUUCUUCAGAGUUUCCUGGAGAUAAAUCUGAGGGCUCAGAAUAUCUAGGCCGCUUGUGGGUCUUACCAACCUCUCUUAUACCCUGGGCAACUGCAUGCUUAAUAAGUUGCAUAAAGUCCGGUGUUGAAUGAGAAGGGCCAGCUGCUGCUGAGAGACAAUCUGAACAGAGAUGUUUUCCUUCUAUGGCUCUGUUAUCACAGGAUAUACACAGCGUCCUUUUGGGCGACUUCCCCUUGGACGAUCCUGAAGUCUUUGUACUUUUAGCACUGAAAUACAACAAACGUGCUCAUUAGUACAUUACCUCUCUUUUUUUUUUUUUUUUUAAAAAGGAUGGCUUACCUAUAUUGCUUAGAUUGUGACCUAUUGUGAUGAGAAGAAUCCGAUUCCCUGGAUCCUGAGCGAGAAUCCAUCUAUAAAGAAUAGAUGGAACAGCGAAACUAAUACCAAGAAGAAAUAUAUAUAAAAAAAUAAAAAUAAGAGGGGAGAAAAACUUACUUCGAUGCUUGAGAAGAAAAAAGGAACCUGGAAAGGCGAAGAACCAACAGAAUUGUGCAGAAAAAAAUUUCCUGGACGAAGAAGCUCAACCUACUCUGAAAAAGAGGUCUGGCGCUUUAAGAAGGGUAUCUGAUGUCAUCGCGCAUGCGCAAAUGAGCGAAAAAAACGCGCGAACGGCCCAAAUGGAUAGAUUUAGCGCGCGAUCGUGCUAAUUCGUUAAUCGCGUUCGCGCGCUUAUUCAAACGAAGCCGCGCGAACGCUUAGAAACAACCGAACGUCGCGCAUGGCGUCCAGGAGCCCACGAAUGCCGCACAGGCGCCCAUGAGACUCCCGAACGCCGCGCAGGCGCACAGGAACUCCCGAACGCCGCGCAGGCGCACAGGAAUUCCCGAACGCCGUGCAGGCACAGGGGAACCCCAGCACAUAGAGAUUACAGUUUUCUUAGAGAAGGAGACCGAUUACCUACUGUAUCUUCAGAAGAAUAAUCUUACAGGUAAGAACCAAAUCAUGGAGCCAUUACCUUGAUUCUGGGGGGAGAUUCCAAGUCCGGAAACCAGCCAUAAUUCCAUGUUAUUCCACUUGCUACAUUAUUGGAAGAAUCAUAGGAAGGUAAAACCCCCGGUCACUAAAGGGGUUCUCUCCAGGUGGAGGGACACCUUUGCGCAGGGCCGUAUACUGGAGACUUCCCAGGGGAGAGAGGGUGAACUCCCCAGGGGCCAGAGGAACUAAUCCUCAGGUAAGCCAUAAAGAAAUUCUAAUAGUCUGAAAAGACCGACAUGUCCUAGGGAUAGGACAGGAAAAAAAGACUGGGGAAGGAGGGGUAGGAGGUGGUACUUAUACAGCUUAAUAAUUAUUCCUGUCCAAUGGGGAUAGGGAGGAGCUACCCCAAUGUUGUGCUGCCAUGGAUAUGGCCAGGAAAUAUAUAUAUAUAUAUAUAUAUAUAUAUAUAUAUAUAUAUAUAUAUAUAUAUAUAUAUAUAUAUAUAUAUAUAUAUAUAUAUAUAUAUAUUACAUUUCAUUCAUAUGAAUGAAAAUAUUACAUCUGUUAAUACAGUAUUUCUUAAUCCUUUUCCGAGUAACGUUUGUCACAGAGCUUUUUCAGCUACGUUUUGUCCAGUGUCAACCUUUCAUUGUGAGUGCUCUUAAUUUCAACAUUUCUCAUGAAAUACAAUUAACUUAAACUGGCACUGGCGUGCUCCUCGACUAUUUGAGACAUAACCCUUUGGGUAAAUAGAACAAAGAAUGAGAACUGUAAUUUUAAUGGAGGCACCCACACAAAUACAUCAGAUUUUGUAUGUUUUGUUAAACAUCUGUUGUCCUCACCCAAAUAUGGAUUAAAUAAUACAGAACUUCCAACACUGCUAUAGAUUAUUGGGAUGCGACCCAAUAAAUAUUAACUCCUUAAGGCCCAAACAUUAUACUCUGUCUUCAUCCCAAUGAAGAUCUUUAACCCCUUAAGGACACAUGACAUGUGACAUGUCAUGAUUACCUUUUAUUCCAGAAGUUUGGUCCUUAAGGGGUUAAACACUAGAAUUGAAGGUCAUUGAAGUUCUAGAUUAUCCAGCUCUGGCAGUUCCCUCACAUCUUGCCAUUAGUGAGCCAUUCACAUUUUGGACUUUUCCAAAUUCUUAUAGAAAUGAUUGUUGUGAUGCAAUAUACCUUCAUUGGCUAUUGAGGAGUUAAACAUACACUUCACUUUCAGUUGUAAUUCCCGGAUGACCCUAGUUGGAAAUGCCUCAUUGAUUUUCUAAUAGUGAAGAAGAAUCAGCCCAGAGAUACAUCUUUGUUUUCUGUCCCCAACACUUGACAAGUCUAGAACGAUUUUCCAUCCCUUUCCCUCCUACAUUGAAAGACCAUUUGAUAAAUCGGUUCCAGAGUGGGGUAAUUACUGCAUGUACACAGUUAUACCAAAUUCACCAAAUUGUAAAUUGCAAGGAGUUGGCCAUUGCUCAUUUUCACUGCUUUCCAAAAUGUUGAACUCCCAGGUAUCCUAAAUAUCUGAAUAACUUAAUGUAGCAAUCAAUAAAUAGACUUAAACUGGCUAAGUUCACUUACUGGCACCAUUUGACUUACCAGAGGAUCAUGGGAAGAGUACAUUAAUUUGCAUGAAUUAUAUUUUAGAAUUCAAUCGCAAUAUCUGAAAUGAACUUUAUUACUGGAGAUAUUCCUUUUUAAAUAUGAUUCCUCUGCCGGAAAAAAUGUAAAACCACGAACAAUAAGUCCUUUUGUGGGUUGAUUAAAAAAAACAAACAGAACACAGUAAUAUAACAGGAAGGAGAUAAGCAAGAGUUUGCGUAUAGAAUAGAAUAAUCUUUUUGGUCAUCAAGAAUGACAGUCUAGUGCUACGUUAUAACAAUAAUAUACGUGAUUUAUUGAGGUACAUAGAUGCAUAAAUAUGUAAGUACAACAGUUCACAAUCUCAGAGGAAAUGUCUGGCUCAGAUUUUACCUUUUAAAAGUCUUGAUAAGAAUAGUUGGCCAGACAUGUUUUCUUUAAUUUGUGCAUGUAACUCUGUCAGUGCCAUUGAGAGUGCUGAAGAUUAAGUUGCUGUGCCAAGCUCUCCUUUUUAUCUUUUGCUGGGUUAAAUGGCAUCCAGCCCGAAGAUGGCAUCAUUAAUUACACAUGUGAUGGAAUGUCUAGCUAUCCUCCUGCCAGAAAUGAAUAUUUACAAAAACAAAACUAAAAGCCAAGUAUUUGGCUGUAGCACCGAAAACCUCUCCUGCACUCUGCUCUCCACUGAUGGUGAUAUGCAACAAGCCAUUAACAGCCUGGUUUGCUUUACAAAUGUCGAAAUUUGACACCAAAAAUAGCAGACUAUGAUGGAAACAUAAACUGCGGGAAAAAAAUAUUGACUAUUUACUAAUCAGAGAAUUUGUAGUGAAUUGAAAAAUAAAUUGCAGCAUUUGGCUAAAAUAGUCUAACUUUGAUUACAGGUGAGUUGGAGCUAUUUUUGCAUCAAUUAUCAAUUUAUCACAAUUCUGUGUUUAGUAAAUAAACAUCAGGGAAUAGAACUGUGUCUUUUUAAGUCGUGCAAGUAACCUGUUAAAUUAGUUAGCUGUUAAAUCUGGAACAAUAUGGCUGAAUCCAUGUUGUAAGCAGCUUUGACAAAUUAGCAAUUUCGUUAUUCUACUGAAUUCCUUAAAUGUCAUCCGCAGUUCAGCAGGGCAGUGUUCCUUGGGACAGCAGAGGUGGGUGUGUGGUUUUGUAGGUAAACUUAGAUGUUCAAUGUUGACUUGCCUUUGAUGUGGCAGUAUCUACCAAAGCUCAGUAAGUUCAAAAGGAUUGUGCAGCCCUGGUCACUUCAAUGAAAACAAAAAUAUUAAUUUGUAGUAAAUAUAUAUCUACCAUGGUAAAAUUUGAGAUCCUUUUGAUAAAUUUUUUUUUUUUUUUUAAUGAUAAAGGUAGUGAAUAAUUAAAUAGAUUACAACAUAAUAAAGUAUGAUCCACAUAUUCUGUUUAGUUUAGUAAAACUUCCUUUCUCUAAGAUUGGAAAUCCAGGAGUAAGAAUAUAAUUAAAGCAAUGCAGGGAUAAAAUUCAUUCGGAAUUUCGUGCACACCUGUAUAACCUGAGGAAUGGGACGUCUACAUUGUAACUUUGCAUUUUAAUUUGUAUUUUAUUUUUCCCUGUUAGGAGUGGGUUUUCGGUGAGGCCUUAAUCCGCCAGCAGGACAAGUGUCUGUCGAUCACCUCAUUUUCCACUGGAGCACUCGUUAUGCUAGAGUCUUGCAACCCAAAAGAUAGCAGACAGGUAUUCGAGUCUCUCAAUCUGUAAUUUUUAUUGGUUAAAAAAAACAAAACCGGAUAAUCUGUAUAAACUGAAAACAGACAGUAAUGCCCUAAUCCCAUAAUUUUCAUACGUACGAAUAAUCAACUAUGUCCAGUUACUAGUGAUGAAUGAACGUGUAUUUCUAGGUUGAUAAACCACUGUUUUCUAAAUCUCGAUGUCCACAGAUGGACAAGGAUUCUGGGUUUUGUAGUUCAAACGCAGACAGAUGUUCUCAAAUGUCUCUGCCUCUUGAAUCCUGAAGGCUCAGCCUUCCUUUGUCAUGCAUCAUUCCCAGAUGCUUCUAGUAAAAUAUCUUUUUCAGAUGUGCUUGAAAUCCUACAUCUGUCUUGCUCUGUGUCUGAGGUUACAGGGGGUGAUCAUCCCUGAGCGGGCAGGUAGAAGUGCGGAGACAGAUCGUGUUUCCGUUUGAGAAGAAUUGUCCAGAGCACAGCCUGUCAGGAAUCCUAUUACAGCGAAAGUGUAUUUAAAAAUAGGUUGACAUGAGUUGAGAUAAAAAGAUAGUAUUUCUCCCACCAUUCUUAUUGCAAAGAACUGCAAUAUUAUGCCAUUAAAGAGGAAGUGUGGCAUUUUUUAAGGUCAAUUAAAAAUAAUGAUAUAUAAUACUAAUGUAAUACUAAUAUGCAAAUUUAUUUGUCUGCCUAUAAUAAAAUCUAAAGAUGGUUUGUUUAAUAUUUAGCAUAAUGCACAGAUGUUUUUUUUUGUCUGUUUUUCUUUUGUCUACAGUAUAUAAUGUGAACACAAAGUAACUGUAAAAAAUGAUAGAAUAUUGCUCAAUAUAUCCACCCAUCCCUUUGCAGAUGUAUUCUUAAAUCCACACAAUACUUUACUAGUGAUGGAUGUGUGGCGAAUAAUUUACGGUAAUUCAAUAAUAGUGUGUUUUAAUGUAGUAUGACAGUUUAAAUACUAAUGGACUAUCCCUGGCACAAAACACCAAAGAAAAUUAUUGGUUCUACAGCCAACAGAUAAAUAGCCAUACUAGAGGUAAACGGAUAAUGUUAUGUUGUAAAAUUCUGUUUUAUUAUGUGUUGUUUAUAAUUCAAAGCUCUCUUCUAUUCCAGAAAUGGAAAUUAAAAGGACCCUUUUUACAGCAUGUGAGCAGUGGGCUUUGCCUUGAUACAAACGCACCCAGAGUACUUAUCAAUCCUUGCCAGUCUGAGCUGUCAAGCCAGCAGUGGGAGCUGCUUCAAGUGACAUGAAGGCCUUGAGCAGAAUUUCACCUGCAUGGACUUGAUGUAUAGGACUGAGAUCUUUCAUCAAGCUCCUUGUUUCAUUCUACUCUGCGAAUACAGGUCCACAGCCUGAAACUUGUCCCAUAGACACUGCCAAUCCCACGCUGAAGACAAUUUGUCUAAAGACUGCUCACAUUGGAGUAGUACAAGCUUUGGGAAUUUUAUUUGAUUCACUAACUUGUUCCUUCCUACCUGGUCUUUAUCUCCUGUGAUGGAGGUAGAAAAAAAAACCAAGAUUCUGGAAGAUGUAACAAAUGUUCAGAAACUGUUUACUAGGACACAGAGGCUCACCAUGUUAUGUGAUCUUUUACCUUUCUGUUGAACAAUGCUGUGUUGCCAAUUUGUUGGGAUUUAAUACUGGAUGUUACAGGCCUCGUGUUACCUUUCCUCAGAAACUAUCAACUUUCAUGCUACAAGAUGUAAAGUUGAAAGUGCAAAGGCCCAUAUAAUUAACUCUACAAGUCAUAGGUGGCAUAUACAUGUACGUGUGGAUGUUUUAGUCUUUGCUAACAUACAGCUGAUGUGUGAAUUCAGGCUCACAUAACAUGUAAUUCAAGCUGUCCUUGAAAUGAUCUUUUUGCCCGACAUUUAGUUCAGCAAGUUGCAGAUUAUGUGACAUGUAGCUCGUUGAUUUACAGGCUUCCUCGAUGUUGCUUUUAGUGUUAACGUUUCAAUUCACACACACUCAUUACUGUAUAUUACUUGACCUCUUGGCUUCUCUAUGCUACACACUAUGUUGGAUAAAGAAGAUAGUCUGUAUUUUAUAUAACUGCAGAAUGCACUUUGCUUGAAAACCAUGUGUAAUAAUUUAUUCAGAUUUUAUAAACUACAUGUGCAGUCCUAGUCAAGUUCAUUUGAGUACAUUCUAGAGUAGUACUUAUUAUUUAUUUAUUUAUUUAUUUUUUAACGUGAUAAUCAAAAUAUAAUAAGAUUUGGAGUGUCUGAACAUUGAUCAAGGUCAUUCAUGGAAGUUGUGGUGAUGGAGGUAAGUAAUUGACUUACAAAAGCCAUUUAACCCUCGCUUUGUUACUGUAAAUCUGUCUUAACAUAAUGAGUUCCAUUCAUACCGAUACAUGGUUAUACACAAAGCAUAGCUGAAAUGGACAAUGUAUUUUAUUUAAAAUGUAUAUAUUGCUAGAGCACGAUCUAUUGUAGAAUGAAUUUAACGAGGGAAACAAUACUAAGCCCCGUAUUUGUCUCUGAUGAAUAUUUGCAUUGCUUGGUUCCUGUAUGUGAGGGAAGUACUGUGUUUUCAUGACUAUCAUUGAGUGUCAGAAAUGCCUAAAAGCGGACAUGUCAAAUAUUCCAAUGACAAACUAUAUCUGCAUCAUCAAGCGUACAAAGAAAUAAUUCUACAGGACCCAGGUAGCCAUCUAUGAAUAGUAAUAAUAUGACCUAACCCAGAGGUAGGCAACAUGUUAGUAAUACUGUGCCAAAGCCAGAUGUUGAAGUACCCCUGGCAUGCUGAUCUUUUUUAUUUUUUUAAAUUAAGGUGUGUAUAGCGCUGUGUUCUGCUUGUGUUAUUUAUGGGUCCUGCAGUUGCUUUGUAUCAUUGUAUUUGUGCGUAAAUGGGCUGUUAUAUUGUAUAUGUUCAUGAGUAGUUUGUAGGAUUGUGUAUGAUACCUGUGAAUGCAGGGCCGGACUGGGGAUUCCAAAGCAGCCCUGAA